AUGACCCUGAGAGCCACUAAAGUUGACCUUCUCAAGUCUAAGAAUGCACGUGAGCACCACACCUCCGAGUUUGACAUCCCAAAUCUUACUGUGAGACGAGGACAAGUGUUCACAUUAAAGAUUGACUUUAAUAGGUCACUUACUGAAAAUGACCGUGCUAUGCUGCAGUUUACUACUGGUAAGAACAUAUGGGUGGUGGGUCAGAAGAGUCCACAAUUGGUACCAAUAAAUAUCAUGGAUUAAAGUUAUAAAUUUACCAUAUAGGCUGAGCAUAAAUCAAGCCUCAGUUAAAUGUAGGCUUGUGCAGAACAUAUACACAGGGCUAUUCACUAUAGUAAGAAUUCUAAGUAAUUUUGAAGGAAAAAUUGUCAGACUGGAAACUUUCUCCAAGUCAACUGCGCUUCCCGUUUGCCCACUUUGGCCUCAAAUUUGAAAUUCAAUUUUAAAUUCACUUAGAAUUCUCACUUUAGUGAAUAAUCCUGAUAAUCAUUUUGACCAUUUUUGCUUUAAAGGGUUAUUCCACAUAUUGUUACCACUACAGCUGCUGUAGUAGUUAUGACGCCAGGGGUAGCCUGGUCCUAUUUCCUGAUAAUGGAGCAAACAAUUUUGCAACUCUUUUCCAUCUUACCUAGAUGGGAAGGCUCCGAAGCAUUUUUUGCUUCUGUAGAGAUAAAGACACCAGAAGUAUAUCCAUCACUAUUAAAAGGUGGGGCAUCUGUGGAAUUUAUAAUAUGGAAUAAAAUAUAAAAAAAUCACCCAUAACUUGUCUUGAACUUUUUUUUAUCAGAUGCUCCAUUUUCUUUUAUAUCAUAUUAAAAAUUUUUGCAUUUUUUGUGGUGGUCCAAUCACAGACUUCCAAUGCAGCUCAAUGAGAGGUCUUUGCAAGGCAGGUGCUUUGAAUAAUUGCCUGGCUCUUGAGUUUAGCUUAACUGUAAGGAAGUAACAGGACAGGUUGUCUGAUUGAUAGCAAAGGGGUGUAAAAGUGUCAUUUCCUAUUGAAAUAUACACUUUUUGUAAAAUGAUAAAAGAUGUCACACUCACAGCAAGCUAAAGUGCUUUUAGGAGUCUGGAGUAUAACCUCUCGUGAUAUUCAACACUCAUACAUCUCAAAGAAUGAUGUGCCACUAAAUCCACACAUUUUCCAUCUAGGUUCUCAACCAGUGCCAAAAAAUGGGACUAUGAAUCUUGUUGACAUGAAUUUAACCUCAAAUUUGACAAAACAAUGGAGCACUAACGUGCAACUGAGCAACACCAAUGAGGUAAUUAGUAAUAUGUUUUACUUAAUUAGAAAUUAUAAAAAAUGGAUUAAUGUAAAAUGAAUAUCCUCCAGAAUAAGUUUAAGGAAUCUUAAAGUGGGCAUUCAUCCUACAUUAUUUGCAUCAACUAAUAAAAUAUAAAUUUUCAGUAUGUUACAAAUAUAUAUUUAUUAGAAGCACAUUUCAUUAGGGUGUGCACACAAGAAAUGUAUGCUUUUCAGUACAUGCAAACAUUUAUUGAAUAAUAAAUAGUAAAUCCAUGAUAAAUUCAAUUUUUUUAUGAGGCAAGCAAACUGAAAUUGAGCCUAAUUUUAACAGACCAAAUAGAUUUUUAUUACAAAUUUUAAUUAAAAAUGUAAAAUAAAAAAAUACAGCGAACCAUAGACUCUUAACUCAGAGACAUCCCCCUUCCCUCACUGAAUGAUGCCGCAAGAACACAACUUGCAGCCCCCAUCACCACAGAAGAAGUGGCACAAACAUUAAAAUCGAUCAAACCACACAAAUGCCCAGGACUGGACGGAUUCUCGGGUCUUUAUUACAAAACAUUCUCAGACACACUCCUACCCCACCUCACCAAGCUAUUCAACUCACUACUACAAGGAGACCAAAUACCGGAAGGCAUACUAAGGUCAAAUAUUUGCCUGAUUCCAAAGCCAAACAAAACACAUCUUGAUCCGGGAAAUUAUAGACCUAUCUCUCUCCUCAACGUCGACACCAAAAUAUUCAUCAAACUCCUAGCAAACCGCAUACAAAUUUUCCUCCCGAAACUGAUCCACCCUGACCAGGUCGGAUUAUCCCAUCCAGACAAGCCAGCGAUAACACCAGACGCACACUAGACCUCAUCUGUGUGGCACUACAUAGGAAGAUCCCACCCCUUUUCCUCUCCAUGGACGCGGAAAAGGUGUUUGAUCACCUUCUCUGGCCCUUCCUCCUCACCACCCUACGGACAUUCUGAUUUCCCACUCCGAUUAUCACGGCCCUAACCACCCUCUAUGACAACCCGACAGCCAGCCUCCUCAUACCCAAUGCAAAAGCCACGUCAAUCCAGAUCCGAAAUGGUACCAGACAGCGAUGCCCACUCUCCCCACUCUUAUUCGCCCUCUCCCUUGAACCGCUAUUGCAGAAGAUACGAGACUCCCCAACAAUAAGCUGCCUCAAAGUAAGACAAACUGAAUAGAAAAUAGCGGCAUAUGCCGAUGACAUUCUCCUGACACUCACUAGCCUGACCCAAUCCAUUCCACCUCUAUUAACAUUCCUGGAAGAAUACGCAGCCAUUUCGGGAUACAAACUAAACCUUGACAAGACAGAAGUCCUCCCGAUAGAGAUACUGGAACAGACUCUCGAUAACCUUCGAUCCUCGCACCCAUUUAGAUAUAACGAACAUAGCAUUCCGUACCUCGGAAUACUCCUUCCCGCUAACCUCAACUCCACAUAUACCCUGAACUACACCCCCCUACUCCAACAAGCACUCACAGACCUCCAGAACUGGAACAACAUGCCCAUCUCAUGGUUAGGGACGAUAGCCUCCAUCAAGAUGAACCUGCUCCCCAGAUUCCUAUACCUCUUCCAAACACUAACCAUCCCAAUACCCCGAAACGAAUUCAAAAUACUCCAAACCAAAAUAGACAACUUCAUCUGCAUCUAACAAAAAACAAAAUAAAGAGGGUCACAAUGUAUAAAAAUACAAAAACAGGAGGUUUGGGACUCCCCAACUUCUAUAACUAUUUCCAAGUCGUCCAAUUAGCACAAAUACAUCAACUACAUUCCCCACCAGGCCUCAAAAUUUAGGUGGAUCUCGAGCACGACCGCCUAGGGGGGGACCACCCCUCACUACUCCUAUGGCUCCCGAAACAGUUCAGACCCGACACCCCACACACGACCCUAGCCCUACGCACUUUAUUCCUGGUGUGGGACAAGAUCACAAAUAAGAUACCACUCAUCAACACACCAUCACCUCUGACCCCAUUCCUAAGAAACAAUCAAUUCAUUCCAGGAAUGACUCCCCAAGACUUCACGCAUUCCGAAGACAACGGACUCACACGAUUCCACCAUUUCUUCAGAUCCAAACAACUGCUUCAAUUCCCAGACCUACCCAGACACACCCCACUGACCACCUUUCGACCACUUCAGAUACAUCCGAAGCUUCUUCCAAGACCCCCGACACGCCAACACAGCUACCACCAACCUGACCCAAUCUGAAAAGAACUGAAUACACAACCCAAUCCAAAAAGGACAAAUAUCCUCUAUCUCCAAUUAAACUCUGCUUGCCCAACAGAUGCACUCUCCUACACAAAGGCAUGGGAAAGGGAUAUAGGCCCCCCUGAAGACCCCUCAGACUGGGAUGACAUAUGGGAGACUAUGGCAUCCCUUACAAUAUGUGUCAAUCACAAGGAGCAAGCCUACAAAACGGUACCUGACACCCUUAAGGCUAUGUCAAAUGAGAUGCUCAACCACGGACAGGUGCUGGAAGGGAUGUGGAUCCCGGGGCACCUACAUCCACGCAUGGUGGGAAUGUCCCCACAUAGCCCAACUAUGGAAGGCUGUAGCAACCUAAUGUCCUGACUCCUCCAUACGGAUAUCCCCAUGGACCCGUGGGUCUGGCUGCUCUCUAAACCUCAUGCCGCUCUAAUCAGAUCACAGAACCAUCUGCUUGCCAAAAUCGCACUAGCUACCAGGCACACAAUAGCUGAACUAUUGUACAAUCAAAACAUACCCACCAUAGGGGCAGUACUCUGUAAAGCGGAGGAAACCAGAGAGAUGGAUAAACUCUCAGCCCUACCUCAUGAUACAACCCACAACCAUAACAAAAUCUGGGAUCCAUGGAUCAUAAACAACUUGAUUCACACCUAAAAUCGCCCACACAUAACUGACUACCCAUCACCAGCCCACCCUCUCUCCCCCCCACCCCCAAACAACACCAGCCCCGGGCACAAUCCCCCACCCACCGAACAUUGCAUUGCAAAACAACACAACCUUCUCCCCUACCCGACAGCAACCUGUCAACCCUCAACUACACCACGGACACCACUCACACAGACUCACACACCAAAAAAAACAAAAUUAAGAGUACUGAAAAUACUGAUACCAGAACACACCCCCCGAAAGGAAAACUCCCACCGCACACACACUCAUAAAGCGAUAACCAACGCAAACACCCUAUCUUAAGCUCCCUGAGAGCACUGACGAUUCGAAACUCGGUUCCGGAAUCGGACUGAGACCCCCAAGUUUCCCCUGACCCCCAGAUCAAGACCUACAGACACACAAGACACCUUAUGACGAGACUGGACAUAAUAGACCACCGAGAUAUGCAGCUCACAGCUUGUCCACAAGAGUUAAUAACUAUCUAUGUGUAAAAUACAAAUAAGGAUUGUACAAAAUAUGGAAAAAGGCAAAAUAGAAGAUAUACAAUGCACGGUAUUUUGUUACUCCAAUCCCCCUGAUUCUAUUCUGUACCCCAUACGCUGCUCAUAAUAAUCUGAAAAAACGAUAAAUAAAGAAUUUAAAAAAAAUAAAUAAAAAAAAAUUGAAAAUAAAAAAAUAAUCCCUAAUUUGUAUUUAAAAAAAAAAUCUUUAUUUUAAAGACUUGUGAAAAAUUGGGUUACAAUCAGGGCUCGAGUCCUGCAGGAACACGUUCCUGCAGGACAGCCCGGCCUUCCUGCCUGCACAGCCCAGCCAGCAGCCCCACUGGAUCCCAGGUACAAAAUCCACCCAGCUCUCCCAAAGGUAGGGAGGCUGGGUGGAUUUAAAUAAAAAAAAAUAAUCUGUGAGUGUUGGAGGGAAGUGUGUGUGUGUGUGUGUGUGUGAGAUGUGCAUGUGUCUGUCUGGCUGUCAGUGUGUGUGUGUGUCUGGCUGUCAGUGAGUCUGUGUGUGUAUAUCUGUCAGUGUGUGUGUCUGUCAGUAAGUCAGUGAGCCCUCCUACCCACCUGGCAGAACCCCUACCCACCUCACAGCCCCCCUACCCACCUUAAAACACCCUACCUUCUCACAGCCCCCCUACCAUCUCACAGUCUUCCUACCAACACCUUGUCACAGCCUCCCCCCCCCACAAACCCUGUCACAGCCCCCUCACACAUCCUGUCACCUCUCCAAACACACACCCGGUCAUUCUCCCUAUAUACACACCCUGUCACCUCCCCACACACCCUGUCACCCUCCCACACACGCACACACACUGUCACCCCCACACACACUGUAUCAUCCCCUCCAUACAAUAUCACCAUCCCCAAUCACUUUCAGCCCCCACACACUGUCACCCCUCACUUAGCUAUAUAUAUGCAUACAAGCUUAUAAUUAGUUUUUUGGGGGGAGGUGGAUCUUGAGUAAGUUCCCACACUUUUUUGCCCAGGACUUGACCCCUGGUUACAAUGUACAAGAUCCUUAGAAAAAAAAUACAUAAACAUCACAUAUUUUACAAUUAAAAUAAACAAACUGAAGAAAGAAUAUAAUAUAAAUACAUUUAGAUAUUUUCUGAGGAUGCCAUAACAGAGUUAGGACAUGCUUACCUGUCAGUACAAUAAUAGAUUAUAGCUAAUAUCCUCUUCUCUAUAUAUGCCAUUUUUCUUGUUUACACAUAAUAAUUAAAAAUAGACAUUACCUGAUUCCAAUAGCAGAGGAGCUCUGAACCAAACAUAUGACAAAAAAGAAAAAGAAAAAAAUGAAAGGAAGGAGGGAGAGAUGGUAAGGGAAGGGGAAACAGGGGUGCCAUCUGCUGUCGGGUCAGAAGCUUAUACUCACAAUUCUUCCUACCAUGCACAAAUUUUGAAAGGUAGUUUCCCCACCUCUUACCACUGCCAUAAGCUAGUCCAUCAAUGUUUUAUGUCCUAUCAUGGACCUGACCUCCCUAAGUAAUGGAACCUCUUAAUUAAUCCAAUUGGUCACAAGUGACCAUCUGGCCACUAAAGUAAUCUUAUCAUAUCGUUUUUGCUUAUAUCUGCUCAGACCCUUUACCAGUUUAAAAAGAAGGAAGGACCAGGAAUUCAACUCUAUCAAUCUCUGGGAUACAUCACCCAUUAUUCCCUUAUCCUGACUCCAAAACAUGUUUACUUUAGGGCAAUCCCACCACAUUUGGAUAUAUAAACCUUUUGAGUCCACAUCCCCUGCAACACAGAUCACUAGAGGUUUUACCCAUUCGGAAUAAUUUGACCGUGGUGGUAUACCAUCUGUAACGGUAGUCACCAUCACUAAGAGCUUAAGAUGGACAAUUCAAUUAGGUAUCUGAGUGAUUCCAAUGUUUAAGUCACCCUAUGUCCAUUGUGGGUGCAGGGUGUGUGUGUAAUGUAGUUGUUUAUGAUUAUUGUUAGUGUGUUCUCCUGUCUUGCUAAUGCUUGCAAUCAACUAGGUGAAUUUGGCUGUGGAACCUGUACAGCACCACCUGUUGGUUGCAAGGAUCUAGCAACAGCUAUAUGCACUACCUGAAUAGCAAAGCUUGCUAAUUUGCAUAUUUGGGUAGAUUUGCAUAUUGCUAAUUCUACAGGCAGGCGAGAUAUUUUGUGUUGGUUAUUGACUUCCCUACCCCUUUGUAGAUAUUUUAAUUAUAUUUCCUUGCAUAUUUUCUGACAUGUUUUGGUUAUUUGUAUUUUAUUAAGUUUGUCACUGCAAUCUUUAUGUUAUAAUCAUUUAGGCUAGUCCCAAAAUAAAAAUAAAGCUUGGCAUGUUAGUUCCUUUUGAAACAUGUGUCCUGUGUGGAUUUUUAGUGAUCCCAGCGACAGAGUCUUCAGACCUGUUUGCUGGUUGCAGGAUCCCUCCAGCCCUGGGAUCCACUGGAAGGAAAGCUGCAGCGGAAAAGGCAUAGGGGAAGAUACCUGCCUGGAAGAGAGCUGCAGCCUGGUCGGGUGGAAGAGCUCCAGAAGGACCCCAGUGAAGCUUCAGCGAUUGGGGGGGAAGUGUUCCAGGGUUCCUGAAAGUGGCUAGGAAGUGGAUUGGGCGGAGGUACUCGGUUGGAGUACAGGAGCUCUGUCACACCAUCUGUGUAAGAUUUUCUGCAUAGAUUCCUGUAAAAACACAGAAACCGAAAUAGAGACUGCAGUCUUCCAGAUGGUCUCCAAAUCAUCCCUUUACAAUGUACCACCCAGAUCUUCCUCCCACUAUUUUGUUUAGGCCAGUUCAAGCCAUAAUCUAGAAUUAAAACAUAUGUGGUUAUAUAUAAGUGAAAUCACUUCUUUUUGAGUAGUUUCCCUUUUGAAUAAUUUUUCAAACAUAGUGCUCUUUUGGCACCAUUUUUGACCUCCUUUUUAUCCACAAAGUUUCAAACCUGAAGGAACCUAAAAUAAUCCCUCAGAGAAAAAAUUUCAUAGAAUGUAUCAUACCCAACCAGGAGAUGGAUUUCCUCACCAAAGUAGCCAUAUUAAGGUUAAGCAUAUCUAACAACGGGGUAACAUUAACACGAAAGAGUGAGGCAGGUUCAGAAGUAAGAUAGUUUCUUAUAUAUAUCAAACCCGUCCGUUGUAUGCGGAGACCAAAUGUAUACCUAAUAAUAUGUAGCUCAGUGGCUGACAGAUUCAGAGGAAGGGCACUUGAUUUAUCAUAUUUAAUUUUAUACCCUGCUUGUAUACCAUAUUCAUCCAACAAUCUGUAUAGGGAAGGUAAGGUUGUCAGAUGGUUCUUAGUUGGAAGAAGAAUGUCAUCAGCAUAAGCUGAUAUUUUAUAUAUGUCAUAACCCACCUGAAUUUCGUGAACAUUUUGAUGUUCCUUAAUCUGUUGCGAAAUUGGUUCUAAUGACAAAAUAAACAAAAGAGGAGAGAGGGGGCACCGCUGCCUAGUGCAAUUACUCAAUUUAAAUAGCCAUGAUCUGCGUGCAGCCGUCUCUCUUGAGCCUGCAGGUCAUCAUACAUUGUAGAAACUGAUUAGAUAAAGGAAGAAGGGUAGUACCAACGCCUCAGCAAGCCAAAUAGAUAGUGCAAUUGACCCUAUCGAAUGCCUUCUCAGCAUCUAAAGACAAAAGUAAAGUAGGUAUUUCUUUGGUCUUCACUACCCAGAUAAGAUCAGCAGAUUAUCUAGUUUUUUCAAAAAGUUGAUGUUGUGGAACAAAUCCGGCCUGAUCAGGGUGGAAAAGUCUGUACAGUAAAGACUUCAAUCUAGCCCCCAUAAUGUGAGCCAGAAACUUUACAAUUAUAUUAAUUAGAGAUAUAGAUAUAUAAAUUUCCACUCUAAUGAGGUUCCUCCCUUCCUUUGGCAAAAGUACAAUGCCACCAGCUUCAUUUUAUUUUAUUAAACAACUUAGUAAGGUAAGGGAUUAGAACCUCCCUAAAAAAAUCUUAUAAUACACACCACAAAAACCAUCUGGCCCAGGAGUCUUGUGACCUUUCAAAGUGGAGAUUGCAGAGGCAAACUCCUCCUCCAAAAACUCUGAAUCCAUAUCAACUAGGGCCUCAGUGGGGAUUGUAGGCAAAGAUAUGGACUUUAUACUAAUCUGAGAGGUUUAAAUAAAUAAAAUGUUAAUUAUUUAAAGUUUGGAAUGUGUGUAAGAUGUGAGAGUGCAUUCACUAAUAGUUGUGUGUCUAUCUGCUGAUUACUCUAGAUCUACAGUGUGCUAUUUCAAUUUAUUGACUUAAUUUAAGUUGAUAGAUGCAAUUCUCAUAAAAUGAAAAAUAUUAAAAUUACUGUAGAUCUUCCAUUCUUUACAAAAGUACAAUCAAAAACACUACUUUAUUGUUUUUGUCAAACAAAUAUCUGUACAUAUACAUACGGUACAUAUAUGUACGGUAUACUGUGACAUACUAUGCAGGCUAUAUAUCUUGAUUGCAUAGUAUGUCAGAGUGUAUAUAUAUAUAUAUAUAUAUAUAUAUAUUCUUAAACGAAAAAAUAAUAACUAUUUUUUUUUUAUAGUACUUGGUUACUGUCAACAGCCCUGCCAAUGCCAUUGUUGGAAAAUACGCCUUGAGUGUAAUAACAGGAAAAGGAAUUGUUUAUAUGCCAGAGGACAGUCCCAUAUAUAUCCUGUGCAAUCCUUGGUGUGAAGGUAAUCUGUUAUUGUCAUGAAUAGUGUCAUGCAUGUUACUAUGUAUCAGUCUUGUGCAGGUCUUAAGUUUCGUGGAACACUCACGAUUCAAAUUUGUCUGGAAAACUGGAGGUAAGUCUUAGUAAUGCAGUACAACAAACCUAUAAUUGUUCAGGCAGAAUAGAGUCUGUAUGAAAACCUUUGAAGUUGUUAAUAAUGUUCUAUAUUUGUGUAGCCUACAUAUCAUGAUUGGAAGGGCUUGGCCCUGUUCGACCAACCUGCAGGAAACUAGGACCUAUAAUCCCAGGACAUAGCAUUUUGUCCAAGAGGAGAAUAUCUCAGGAUGUAUUAGAUAAACAAAACUAAUCACAGAGACAAAAAACAUUACCGUGUACAGUUAAGUACCCUGCACCAGUGUUUCCCAAACCAGUCCUCAGUCCAGCAACAGUCCACAAUUUAAGCAUUUCACUUUUCUAUUCCAAUGGAGAUACUGACAAAAGCUGGAUAGGUGCUAGGUCUUAAGGACUGCUUUGGGAACAAAUGCCCUAUAUCUUCACACCACAAAUGCAAAUAUGAGGCAAGUGGAUAGCAGAGAUUUACUCGAGUCAAACACAGAAAGACUAUCUUCAACAGGCACUACCCAUUCACUCCAUCACUGACAUGCUUUCAUUAGAGGCACCAGAUUUAGAUACUUUGUAUCAGCAUAGGAAUCAUGUAUUCCAUAUUUUCUUAAAGUUAUUGCAAGCACCAUUAUGACCAUGUCAGUAUUUUGCUCAUGAUACCUGGAGUCUGUAUGUGCAGCAUUUUACUGCUGAUUAACCCCUCUGCUGCAGCUGGUAUAGCACCAUAUGCCAGCCCUGAACUAGUGACCAAAGUUGGGGAGGAUUGGGCUGCAGGGGGGGACUAGAAUUCGGCACUGGCACAGGGAUACAUUUUAGCUGUUCUUUUUUUGUUAUUUGGGGGGUAAACCCAUAUAGCAAGGGGUACUCUGAAGAAAACCAGUGUUUUCUAAAACCUCUUAUGCCUACAGAUAACAGGUCCGUUCUCUAUAUAGAGAUACCACAUUAUUACCCUGGGGCCACAUUGAAGGAGACUUACGGGUGGCCCAUGCUCUUGGGGCCACCCUAUGGCAAUGGAUUUCCUGGGGCCGGUCAGUGAUGCAACGCUUUAAGAGCGCGACCGGGCCCCAGUGAUGAUUUCAGAGCUGGGAGGAAGCCGUCACUUCCUCCCAGCCAACAGAGCACCACGCAGGAGGAGAGAAGGGAGUGAGAGUGGGAGCUCUGACUCCCAUCAGCAUGAGGCAGCCACUGGACCCCAGGGAAGUCACUACAUUUUUUUCACAGUUUGUGUGUGUGUGAUAAAGAAUGUCUGUAUCAGUAUAUCUGUGUGUGUGUGUGUAUCUGUAUGUCUGUCUGUGUGUGUGUGUGUGUGUGUGCCUGUAUGUAUGUGCCUUUAUGUGUAUAUGUGUCUCUGUAUGUAUGUGUGUCUGUAUGUGUGUGUGUGUGUGUUUGUAUGUCUGUGUGUGUAUGUAUGUAUGUACGUACGUACGUACGUACGUACGCACGCACGUGUGUGUCUGUAUGUAUGGACUCUGUGUAUAUGUGUGUGUUUGUAUGUAUGUGUGUGUGUCUGCAUGUGGGGGGGGCAUAUGGGGUGGGGGUAGAUGUAUUGGGGUGGGGACAUAUGGGGUGGGGGGAAGACUAUGGUGGGCGCCCAGGGCAAUUUUUGCCCUGGGCCCCGAGGUUUCUAGUUACACCUCUGCCUUUGAGGCAUUGUAACUGCUUCAUCUUCUUGAAGUGGUUAUGAUGUCUGGAGUCCUUUGGCACUAUCCUUCCUUUCAGUGUUAAGAAAUAUUCCACUCUGUGCUGCUGCAGCUAAUGAUGAAGCAUAAGCCUGAGCAACAGUGAUUGGCUGAGAGUGUCAGAGGAGCGUUUUUAGCCAUUGCUAGUAGGAAUUGGUGUGGUUAGAAUAAAAAGUGCAAUCUCUGCCUUUCCCAUACCUAUAGUGAUACUGUUUGCAGCCAGGGCCCCCAUUUAGUGUUAAAAUGCUUGAAAAUAGCAGCCAUGGGACUCCUCGCACUAUAACCAAUUUAGUGACAUUAAAUGGUUAUAAUAUCCCAUUAAUUUGAUGACAACUGUUACCAGAAUUGUAAGCCAUUUUUCAUUCUCUCUUGUUCUAUAAGGAACAUUUUUGUCAACAGUGGGAAAUACAUGAUCACCUGUACAUUAUAAGAUCAAUCACAUGUGCUUUGUGCUGCAUGUUCCUUGUUUUCUAGAUGACGAAGUAUAUAUGCCUAAUGAAGAUGAAAGGAAAGAGUACGUUCUGAAAGACACGGGUUAUAUCUAUGUAGGGUCUGCUAGUAGGAUCUCGGCAAGACCAUGGAACUUUGGACAGGUAUAUGUUUAUUUGCUGUUACUAUUGCAAAGUAUGUCCCAAAAUAAGAUAUGCUGCUUGAUUAAACCUGUAAUCUUAUUCUUACAGUUACUACUCUUUUCAUAAUUUUUUUUUAUGAUGAGAAAAGUGUCUUGUUUAAGGACAACUGUCACCUCAAAAAUUAUUUUUUAUUAUAAUAAUCCCUUUAUCAAGUAUUGAAAGGAAAUACAUUAAAAAAAUAAGGUAAGUGUAAACAAAUCAGAAGAACUCCUCCCUACCUUUAGAAUACGACAGGAUCCUUCAGCCAUAUACAUGUAUCUUUGGUCAGACAGUGUUUGGAAAUCGACAGUCUAUAUUAUCUUCCCUGCUUCACUUCUUUUACUCCCUAAACAGUAGACCACAGAGACUAACUGUUGGGGGGGCUGAGCCUUGCAUCCAUGCGGCUUAGAUGCCAUAAUUUAUUGCUCCAGCUUUAGUGCCUUAAUUGGGCUGAAUCCAGUCAAUUCUCCCACCAUCCAUUAUUGAGUGUGCUGAAUUUAGCUGCAGGGAAGCCUGAAGAACACACAGAUGCUUUUUUUCUUCACCUCGCAUACCAAAUUGCUACACAGGCCAUGAAGAAGCCUCAGACCGGAACACCUGUGGACCUCAUUGAGGAUUCAGCAGACUGGAGUGAAUACCCACCGUUUUGCAGGAGAGAUUUAGUUUUGUCGGAGAUGGGCUGCAGAACACAGAAGACACCAAAUUCUGCUCCUGGAGACGCAAGGUAGAUAGAAACAUAGAAUGUGACAGCAGAUAAGAACCAUUAAGCCCAUCUAGUUUGCCAAAUAUUCUUAAUACUUGCAUUAGGCUCUUAUGCCUUAUGCCUAUCCCACACAUGCUUAAACACCCUCACUGUGUUAACUUCUACCAUUUCAGCUGGAAUGCUAUUCCAUGCAUCCACUACCCUCUCAGCAAAGUAAUACUUCCUGAUAUUAUUUUUAAACCUUUGCACAUCAAAUUUAAGACUAUGUCCUCUUGUUGUGGAAGUUUUCCUUCUUUUAAAUAUUAGGGAUGUGCAUGGGCAAAAAAUUUGGUUCGGCACUUAUGAAAUUCAGGACUUUAGCAAUUCGGGACUUCGGCAAUUUGUCACUUCAGUUCGGUUCUGCACUUCCGAAAUUUGGGACUUCGAGACUUUGGCAUUUUCAUAACCCGACCCCAUAACCCUAACUCUAUUCCUAACCCUACCCCUAACCUUACCCCUACUCCUAACCCUAGCCCUAACCCUACUAGGGUUAGAGGUAGGGUUAGAGGAAGGUUGGGGUAAGGGUUAGGGGUAGGUUGGGGUAAGGGUUAGGGGUAGGGGUAGGGUUAGGUGGAAAACAAUUCUACUUAUCACCAAAAAUAGCAGAUAAAUAUAAUGUACUUAGCUUAGUACAAAUGUUGAUAGCUUCCCUAGAGGCUUUUCCCUCUUGAGUCUCUGUAGUGUCAGAUGGAUACAGAUAAAAACAGGGAUACAGCUAGGUGCUUGAAUAUAAAAGACAAACAGCACAUAGUGAUGUACAGUAUACAGAGCUAGCACGCAACAAUCAUAGAUUGCACUCACAGGAUUGAAGUCAAAUAAGUGCCUUGAAAUCCACAAGUGGAUUAUCCUGGUCUGCCUUCCACCAUUAGGGGUAACAGAUAAUCAGCAGGUCCAGGUGCUUCAGGAUGCAAAGUCAGAAUUCACUUGCAAAAAAAUAUAUAUUUAUUUAAGGCAACAACUGCCUGAUAAGAAUAAUGUAUAAAAAAUAUAAAACAGAUCUAACGCGUUUCGUCCAACGCAGUGGACUUCAUCAGAGAUAAAAUAAACUGAACAGCAAUGCAAGAGACUGAACAGCAAUACAAAAAAAUACAAACAUAAUAUCCCACCCACCACAGACCCAUUAAAUACCCUGCAGACGCAGGUUGUUCACCAUGAAGGAAAGACUUUUAAUGCCUCAUAUCCCGAGGAGGUUCUUGCCUUGCUCUCAGCCCUAGACCUGGAAGACUUGUCUCCUUCAAUAUCGAGACCUGCACUGAACUAUACCUGGGAUAUCCCAAAUGUGGUACCAUUUGUUCCUGGAGGGGGAUAGGACUCAGUGACAUAAGUGUUCAUAGUUUAAAUUUUUGAAGGAAGUAUGAUUUGCUUUUGUAUUUCAUUAUGGUUUAUUUUUAUGCUAUUCACUGAACCACCACAGGGUGGUCUCGAGGCGUCUGAGCUACUAUGUGAUAUUACUUAAACAACACAAAUCUCUUGCCACUACCAUACAUUCCCACCCUCUUCGACUGCUUGGAUAUGGGUUAAACACCUAAAGGAGGUGCCAUAUUUUAGCAGACAUUAGCACAUUACACAGCCUAUAUCUUAUGGCCGAUAGAUACACUCUAUCAGUGAGAGAGAUCUGAUUUAAUAGCCUUAAAUUUGUUUGAUAGGAAUUAUCUUGACCUUAGGCGCAUAUCACAGAUGUGAUUUGGUUAAAUAAGUCUACUUCAAUGACCCUAUGUUUAUAUAUGCAUAAUCUAUGGUGUCUUGAGGUAUUAUACUAAAUGACCAUUUUUUCCCCUUCUAUAUGUCUUCUUAUACUUGAAGCACAUACCACUCAAUAAAUGAGAGACUAACGGUCAGUUUGCAAACACUGUCUGAACACAGGUGCACAUAUUAAGAUGAAGUGCCCUGGGUGCCUUUGGUGGUAUUUUAGUUGGGGAAAGGCAUCGCCCCACCAUCUUUAAACUUCACUAGCUGCAACUGGUCUUCAGUCUCCUGCAAUUAAUGUUUUCCUGGAACAUUAGUCUCACAGUCCAAGAUCCAGGCUCAAAAGGGACUAAAAGUGAUUGGCUUAGUUGUGCCCAUCUUUAGCUUACAUUAAAAAAAAGGAAAAGCUUCAUACGCUAAAACAAUGCAUUUACGAAGUGUUAGGUUACCACUAGUAACCACAUCACGGCUUUCAACAUGUAUACAAGCAAUAGAGUAAACUGCAGAGAAGGUUAGUUUUUUUUAAAUGAAAUACAGAAUACAGUUUUUAACACCAUUUUGCUGCUAUACACUGAUCAGCCACAACAUUAAAACCACUGACAGGUGUAGUGAAUAACAUGAUUAUAUCAUUACAAUGGCAUCUGUCAAAGGCUGCAAUAUAUUAGGCAGCAAGUGAACAGUCAGUUCUUGAAUUUCAUUUGUUGGAAGCAGGAAAAAUGGGCAAACAAAAAGAGUGACUUUUACAAGGGUAAACUAGUGAUGGCUAGACAACUGGGUCAGAGCAUCUCCAAAACGGCAAGUCUUGUGGAGUUUUCCCAGUAUGCAAUUGUUAGUACCUGUGACAAACUCCCCUUUCCAAGUGAGUUUGCCACGAGUUCCCGGAGGAGCCUGCUUGCUAGCCUCCUGCCCGCUAGCCUCCUGCCCACAGUCUAUGGACCCUGUAAUAUGUGAUGUAAAAGUCUCCGUUCAUGUAUUUUGACUAUAUGGUUUGGGAACCGAACAGUGGCACGAACCGGAGACCACCCUGGAGCUUGUUAAGCCUAACUGAUACUUUGUAGCAAUUUCCACCGCAGUGUUCUAAGUGUUUGUCUGGGUGGCCGCAAUUCCUAUGGACGACCACAAGGUGGCGGAUAUCUUGUUCCCAUAAAAACAGGCAGCGGUGUUUGGUCGUCGAGUACAUGGAACUAUAUUCGGACACUGAAACUCCCGAACACUACUGGACUUCCAUGAUUACCUGGGUUAGGUUCUACAACACUUAGAAAGGCGCUGUUCGGUGGAAACGUUCCCGCAAACAUGGGGAACAAGUUUCAGGGUAAGAACAUUGACUAUGGUCGGUAAGUUUUUUGGUUUUGUGAACCACCGAACUAGAUCGACCGCAAGCCCUAAUUCUCUGGAAUGGUUUUGGGCAAGGGACCAUGCAUGCAGUCAGUCAAAUUAUGACUUCCAGGAAAUUCCUGAACCUCUGAACCGAUCUGGGUGAUUUUUGGAUAUGUGGUCAUCCAGAUCGGGGCUAACAGGGGAUGUAACUUUUGUUGGGUUUUAUGUCAUUUUUAGGUACUUUUGGGUGUUUGGGAAAUGUGUGUUUUUUUGUACCUGGAGAUAAUUGAGUUUAAUACAGCACUUGACUGAAUUAUCUCCCAGACACAGGGGAGGGAUUAUCUUAUUAUGUAUAGGAGUGUCCUGGAUUUGAGAGCCAAUGUAAUUGUGUAUUUGUUUCUACUAUGGUUUAUUCUCAGGUCCGGUGCCCUUCUGAUGGGGACUUGCAUAUAAGGCCAGUUGUGGCUGCCAAUAAAAAUUCCAGCUUGUACUCCCAGAACUAUGUGUUGUCUGGUUACUGGGAGGGGGAAGGGCUAUUCUUUAAUCACUGUUUCAGUGUGGAGGAUUCAACAGAGAGAAAAUCCUUGUAAGGACUAGAGUUCCCAGAACUGAGUGUCGUCCAGUGCCUGGGGGUGUCUAGAGCGAAUUCCCCUUUCGGCUCCAGGAGGGAGCGGUUCCAGGACCCCUGUUAAGCCACUGCAACAGUGGGCAGAAGUGCUGCGGUUUGUCCCCUGUUCCAGCUAGCAAGCAGUCCUUGGUGGAGGUACCCAGCCAGGGGUACAGGGAGCUCUGUUACAGUACCUACCAAAAGGAUGGGCAACUGGUGAACCGGUGUCAGGCUCAUUCAUGCACAUGGGGAGUGAAGGCUAGCCCUUCAGGUCAAAUCACACUGAAUAGCAACUAAUGCUCACAUUGCUAAAACCCUUAAUGCUGGUCAUGAUAGAAAGGUGUUAGAACAUACAGUGCAUCACAGUUUGCUGCAUAUAGGACUGCGUUGUUGCAGGACGAUCAUUGUGCCCACGAUGACCCCUGUUCACCGUCAAAAGCACUUUUGAUGGGGACAUGAUCGUCAGAUUUUUACCUUUGAACAAUGGCAGAAGGUUGCCUUAUCUGUUGAUGAAUCACGGUUUCUUUUAGAUCAGCUGGAUGGUCGGGUGCUUGUGCAUUGUGGGAAGAAAGUAGGCCAGCGGAAGCAGUGUUUUGCUCUGGGCAAUGUCCUUCUAGGAAAUCUUGAGUCCUGGCAUUCACAUAGAUGUACCAUCUACCUAGAGAUUGUUGCAGACCACGUACACCCCAUUCAUGACAAUGAUGUUCCAUGAUAGCAGUGGUGUAUUUCAGCAGGAUAAUUCACCGUGCCACACUGCAAAAAUUGUUUUGGAAUGGAUCAUGACAAAACACAUCAUAAUAAUUUUAUUUAUUUUUAAUUGAAUCUUCUUGUGGGUAUAAUCACAGAAUUUAUGGAAAUACAAAGAACAAAUACGCUGUUUUAAAUAGUCAGUCAUAACAAAUAUAUGCCUCUAAAAGCUAUUGUUGAGUCAAAGAACCAGUAUAAGGGCAUUUACCAGGCAAGUCCUCCUAAGAAGCAAGCCAAGGUCUCUAGGGUAAAUGGGAUGCUAUAUUUUGCUUUUAAUUGAUGUUUAUGAAUGCUGUACAUGUUAAAACACCCCUGAUACUUUAGUUCCAGUACCACCUAUAUGGUUAAUCCCAUAUUUACUCAUGUCUAAUUUUAUUUAAUUUAAAUGUUUUGGGUUUUUUCCCAGCAUGAAAUUGAUGUACUGGAUUGUUGCAUGCACCUUCUUGAUCGAAGUGGACUUAAAUCUGCAGCGAGGAGGGACCCAGUGAUUUUAUCCAGGAAAUUAUCUGCCUUAGUAAGUUUGGUAUUACAAUGCAAUAUUUAAGAUCUUGAAACUGGACCCAGUAUCUUUAACUUAAUAUUCUUCAAGAGACUGAGCAAAGGGUAUUGUUUUUCCUCAGGUUAACUCAAAUGAUGACCAAGGAGUACUAAGUGGGAACUGGUCUGGUAAUUAUUCUGCAGGCACUUCUCCUACCACUUGGACAGGAAGCAGCACUAUAUUGCAGAAGUACUAUAAAACUAAAAAACCUGUUCUUUUUGGGCAGUGCUGGGUGUUUUCUGGAGUUCUCACCACAGGUAAAAUUAAAUAAAAUAUUGUGUUGUGUGUUAUAGGGUGUACUCAAAAUUUAAAAUUAUAUCACAUUUUCUGCCACUAAUUGUAUUAUUAUUUAUAUUAUGAAAACAUAUUUUGCAGCACUUUAGAUUUAAAUAAAGUGACUAUUUAGUGUCAAAUAAGUCCCUGGUCAAUAAAACUUUAAAUCUAUGAGGAUUUGAGGUAGGCCAGGAAUCAUAGAUGUAGAAACUGUGUGGGGAUGUACCCAGUCAGUUCACCAUUAUUGUGUUUAAUUUAUGGUACCGACUGAGUGGCCAGCACCAGUGAAAACCGUGGGCCUUAUGGAGAGUCCAAGCACUUUAACAUUCAGCAGACAGAUGCAUUCUCUCUCUACCUGCACUCCCCUGCAGGGACUUCUGAACUUCGUCUGGGAUGACGAGGAGUUAUAUACACACAGGACGCUGCUGCAGAACAGCUCUGCAAGGGAAUGCACAGAGCCAGAUUCACAGACGGAGAGCAUCUUGCUCAGCCAUGCCACAUGUUAUCAGCAGCUACAGCAUUGGCGCAUUUGAUUUGGGGUUAGCCAGGUGGGAAUUGAAAUAUGGACUAAAAAAGUAAAACAUAUGAACUGAAAUACAUGCAUAGAAAUGUGAGACCUGUGAAGAGAAAGAUAUGGUGAGAAAUAUGGGAGACACACGUGAGAGGAAAUAUGAGAGACCAUUGUUGACCCUAGUCACAGAUUUUGUUUUGGGGGGAUGCCUGGGUGGGUGUGGUCAUCUUAAUAACCCCUCCCCUUUCACCUUAAUAAGCCCACCCCUUUGCAGUCCAUCGUGCAUGUUUCUAUGUCAAUGACGCCAUCUCUCCAUCUUUAAGCCCCACCCCUUUUUGUAAUCAGAUACACUCACUGACAGACACACAUACUUACUGAAUUGACACCCACAGACACACAUACACACACACACACUCUCUCAAUGAUAAACACACAAUCUCAUUGAUUUGAAACACAUUUACUGACAGACACACUCACUGACAUACACACUGACACACAGGGCCGCCAUCAGUAAUUUUGGGGCCCCUGACAAAGCACAAGGCCUGGGUCCCCCCUCCCCCCCUGGGCCCGCCCACGCCCUACCUAGUCCGCUGACAAUAAUGCAGGACUGAAUGUGGUUUGUAUAAUGGAAGUGAAUUAGAAUGUGUGUAAUGGAUGUAGUGUUUGUGUGUAUUAGAUACUGUUUGUGCAGUUAAUGCAGAGUGUGUGUUUGUGUAGCGGAUGCAGUGUGUAUAGUGAACGCAGAGUGUGUUUGAGUAGUGGAUGUAGUGUGUGUACAGUGAUGUAGUGUGUGUUUGUGUAGUGGAUGUUGUGUUUGUGUGUACUAGAUUAAAUGUGUUUAGUAGACGCAGUGUCUGUGUAUAGUGAAUGCAGAGUGUUUCAAUUUGUGGUGGAUGUCAUCUAUGUACUGUGAAUACAGGAUGUUUGUGUAGUGAAUGUUGUGUGUACAGUUAAUGCAGAGUGUGUGUUAUUGUAGUGAAUGCAGAGAGUGUGUUAAUGUGUAGUGAAUGCAGAGUGUGUGUUAGUGUAGUGAAUGCAGAGUGUGUGUUGUACUACUGUAUGCAGAGUGUGUGUUUUAUUAGUGUAUGCAGAGUGUGUGUUGUAUUAGUGUAUGCAGUGUGUGUGUUGUAUUGGUGUAUGCAGUGUGUGUGUUGUAUUAGUGUAUGCAGUGUGUGUUGUGUUAGUGUAAGCAGUGUGUGUGUUGUGUUAGUGUAUGCAGUGUGUGUGUUGUAUUAGUGUAUGCAGUGUGUGUUGUGUUCUGUUAGUGUAUACAGUGUGUGUGUGUGUUGUGUUAGUGUAUGCAGUGUGUGUGUUGUAUUAGUGUAUGCAGUGUGUGUGUGUUGUGUUAGUGUAUGGAGUGUGUGUGUUGUAUUAGUGUAUGGAGUGUGUGUGUUGUGUUAGUGUAUGCAGUGUGUGUGUAAAUGUGCAAUCUGGGGGUGGGGGGGAGGAAGGGACAUUUUCACAUUAAUUUCAAAUAAAUUUUAUAUUAAAUUAAUUAAAUGUUUCUCCCCCCUCCCUGCUCUUUACCUGUGUCCAGGGAGGGGGGAAAUUCCAUUCCCUGGUGGUCUGGUGGCAUGGGGGACCCUGGCUUGUUCUCCUCUCUUCUAAUAACUCUUUCGAUACCCGCGGCCUGCUUGCCGCGCGGAGCGUUGCCAUGGCAACACUCAGAAGGCCGCGGGUAUCGCGAGAGUUAUUGGAAGAGAGGAGAACAGGCAGUGUGCUGGGCCCCCUAUGCGGUAACAGGAAGCAGGGGGCCCGUGGAUGCACACAUAGAUAGCAAAAGAGAUAGAGAGGGAAAGUGGGGCCCGGGACUGCCAGAGCAGUCCGGGCCCCCAUGGACCGCCGGGCCCGUGACAACCAUCAUGGUUGUCACCCCCUGAUGGAGGCCCUGCUGACACACAAUCUCACAGAUGUGAAACACACUCACUGACAGACACAUUAACAGACACAAUCUCACUGAUUUGAAACACUUAUCGAUUUGAAAUACUCACUGAUGGACAACCUCACUGACAGACACACUGGCACUCUUAAUGACAGACAUCCAAUCUCACUGAUUUAAAACACUUACUGACAGACACCCACACACAGAUAGGCACACUCACUGAUUUACACAUUCUUGCACACACACUCACAAAUUAAUUUUAUUUCUUGUGUUUUUAUUUAAUUUUUUAGGCCCAUCCAGACUUCCCUGCUUUUGGGAGAGCUUGUGUGGGUCUUCUCCCUCGGGUCAAGUGGCUCCUGUAAUCUUCCAGUUCCUCACUGCUCCCUCGUGCACUGUUUAGUGAUGCCAGGGCUGGAGUGAUGUCAUAUUGCAGCUCCUGGAAUCACAGCAGGGUACGCAAGGUAGCAGUAAGAUCCGCACUCGGCCGUUUCCAGGAAGUUCUGGUUCGUGCAUGCGCAAUAACACAACUGGAACUUCGGUGAAACGCAACACCACCCGGGCGUGCGUUCCACCGCUGUGCGCAGACGCAGGUCCAGCCAUGUACUCACUGCGUCCUCGCCACGCUUUCUUCCCAAAGCCGGUACUUACUCAGCAUACAAAGAUCCUGGUGUUGAAGCUCCGUACGUGGAAGGAGACUGGCCACUCAGCCUGCCACCCGGGAGCUAUCGGGCCGCAUCCCCCAGGCAUCAACCCGUGUGCCUCACCUCCAACAGAUGCCUGAUCCAUCCCAUGCCGGGACAAGGAAGAACUGAGGUGGGUUUGCCAUGGGAAGCCCUUUAUAGGGUAAUGGGGGAGGUACUUUUCUUAAUUCCUUUCUUGCAGAUGACUGUCCCAACUAGGAAGCACAACCCCAUACGUACUGCCACCAUAUGUCAGAAAAAUACACACACAUAUAUAUAUAUAUAUAUAUAUAUAUAUAUAUAUAUACACAUAGAUACAAAUAUCUAGUUAAUACAAUGUUAUGUUGUGGGAUAACAUAUCAUAUAUAAUCCAUAACAAGUUUAUUUUGAUAUUGAGAUAUAAUAUAUAUAUAUAUAUAUAUAUAUAUAUAUAUAUAUAUAUAUAAAACAAUAGCAAAAUACACAUAUAUAUAUAUAUAUAUACACACACAUAUACAGUAUAAUAUAUAUAUAUAUAUAUAUAUACACACACAUAUACAGUAAUUGUAUACAUUUUAUAUAUAUUUUAAUAAAAUUAAAAUACAUUAAAUAAAUUAAUUAAAUAAUAAAUUUUUCUAAAUUAUAUAUAUAUGUAAUUUCAUUCUAAAAGAAUUUUGGUAUUUAUAUAUUAUAUUAUAUUGGCAAUGUACAAUACAUAAGAGCAGACAUUAGGCUGUUAGAGUAGGACCUGCCAAUGAUGGGGUACAUUGACGUUGUGGCAGGCUUAGGCAAUGUAUGAUCAUAUAAUGUAACAAAAAAAAAAAAACUAUUACAAUCUGUCAACAUUGAAGUUGCUGUUUAGUGUUUAGUGGAUGAGUAAGUGCGCUGGAAAUUGUGUAUUGUAUAUAUUGGCCCCCAGCAAGACACCACAUUUAUGCAUGUUCAGGUGAGUGCAGCCCCCUGGUUUCAUAUUGACAAUAUUUAUAUAUAUUGUCAUCAAAAUACACUUAGAAUGACAUUUUAUAUAUAUAUAAUGCCUUGCGUCCCGCACUCAAAGCUCCCAGUCUUGUCUAUGUCUUGGUGCAACGCCUGGCCUUUGUAUAAAAUACCUCGAUGGAGAGCACUCACAGGACUCAUAAUGAUGAUAAGAUGCUUUUAUUCAGCAAAAGUUCAUAAAUCAAUGACACUAACACUUGAUUUAUGAACUUUUGCUGAAUAAAAGCAUCUUAUCAUCAUUAUGAGUCCUGUGAGUGUUCUCCAUCGAGGUAUUAUAUAUAUAUAUAUAUAUGUAUGUACUUUACAAGUAAAGCCAUGCUUCCAUAGCAAGCUGAGUUUGCAUUAGCAAUGAAACAGCUGUCCAUGAGUGGUUCACUGGCCUUGCUCCUCUUCCUGAGUUGUGUUUCAAAGCUGUUGUAUACAGCAGACACAUACUCCAAGGAAUCCAUGUAUAAAGUGGAAUUACGAGGCAAAAAUGUGGUUCUUUGUUAAGCUAAUUUGCAUAUGCCUACCCAGAAUCCCCUGCAGUAGUGAGAGCAUUGUUAAAGUGAGAUUUCUGGGGGAAAAACAAAUCUAAUGGCUUGACCGGUGUGUGUAUUUGUGUUUAGCAAUGUAUUUUAUAUAUAUAUAUAUAUAUAUAUAUAUAAAUCAAUAAUUUACAAUUUACAUAAAUAAUUGCAUAAAUAUACACGUAGAAUUUAAAUACAAGUAUUUGUAUUGUAUAUAUAUUUAAAUUCUACAUGUAUAUUUAUGUAAUCUUUUUACAUAAUUAAGUCAUAUUAUUAAUUAUAAUUUGAGGUACCUGUCUGACAACCCAGGCAGCAAGUCCAGAGAAUUGAAUUUGAAGCCCUAUGUUUAACUUUGUAAUUUUCUAAAACACCAUAAAACAUGUACGUGGGGGGUACUGUUGUACUUGGGAGACUUCGCUGAACACAAAAACAGUAAAACUUAUCACGACGAUGAUAUCACCAGCAAAAGAGCAGUUUUCGUGUAAAAGAAAUGCGAAAAAACAAACAUGAACACUAACUUUGGCCAGUUUUUGUGACUAAGUGGCUACUAAACAAGACUGGACAUAACCCCAUUUUGAAUACUCUGGUUUGUCUUCUUUUUAAAAUGCUAUGCCAUGGCGGGGUUAAUUUGCAUUCCUGGGCUGCCAUACAGUCUCAAAGGCAACAUAGCAAAUCUGAAAAAUUUCAAUUUGCAAAAACAGAAAAUGGCAAGUCUUUAUUUGACCCUGUAACGUUUAAAAAAAAAAUACAUAAAACCUGUACAUUGGGAGUACUGUUGUACUUAUGAGACAUUACUCUACACAAAUAUGAGUGUUUUAGAGCAGUAAAAUAUAUAAUACUGAUGAUAUCAUUGGUGAAAGGGCAGUUUAAAUGCAAAAAAACCUAAUAUAAACGCUAACUUUGGCCAGGGUUUGUGACUAAGUGACCACUUAAAAAGACAUUUUGAAUACCUUGGGUCGUCUAUUUUUACAAAUGGUACUCCAUAAUGGGGUUAAUUUCCAUUCCUGGGCUGCCAUAUGGUCGCAAAGGCAACAUAGGUCAAGCAAACUAAUUUGGCAAAUUUCAAUGUGCAAAAAUGGAAAAGGAGAAAGCCCUAUAACUGACUCCUGUAAGUUUUCAAAAACCCACAAAAAUCUGUACAUGAGGGGCACUGCUGUACUCAUGAGACAUCGCUGAACACAAAUAUGUUUGUUUUAUUGCAAUAAAUGUCAUGCAGAAUUUGAAAAAUAAAUUUUUUUUGCAAUGUUUCACACUUUUUUAGAUUUUAUUCCCAUUAAAUUAUGUUUCAUAUGUAAAUAUGCGAUAUGAAAUGAAAGCUGCUUUUCUACUGUACAAAUUUAUAUAUAAUACGUGUGAGGGAACUUAAUAUGAAAGAGGUAAAUUAUGGUUGAACAACAUAUAGCACAAAUUCCAGGUUUUGUUUACAUUUUGUUUGAUCAGAACUCGUACAAUUGCCUUCGUCCUAAAGGCGUUAAUUAAUUGGGAACCCCUGCACUAGACAAAUACGUUUACAUUUAUUCACACAUACAUUUACAAUAACUCACACACAGUGGUGUAUUCUGGUUUUGUGCUGCCCUAGGCAUGACAAAACUCGGGCACCACCUCCUCUGUUCCAAAUUUUUCUUCCUGACAGACACACGCCCUCACUAAUCCAUGCUCUGACAUACAUACUGUGGCGAAACCGGCCUCGCCACGUGUCCUUGGAGGGGGCUGUUUGCCCGCCUCUUGCCUUUAGACUAUGGCCCCUGUUCUUUUUCCCUGCAGAAAGGCUGGUUUGUGCCUUUCUGCGGACUGUUAAAGCCAUGCUACCCCAGAUAGCUAUGCCAUGGAGCCCAGCAGUAUACUGAAAGACUGUAUGAAAGACUUUGGCUCCAUGGCGAUUGAACUAUAUGUAUGUGAUCUGGGCGCCAUCCGGUAAUAAUGUGCACUCAGAUCUAAGCUAUCUGGGGAUAGGUAGAAUCUCUGUAUUUUAUGUAAUAAAUGUAACCUUGUAUAUUUUAUUGUAUUUUUAUGUCUUUUAUUGUCCUUUGUCUGCCAUGUGGCUAAUGGAGUUUUGCCUCUGUCCUUGGAGAUAAUUGAAUUACUUCUCAAUUAUCUCCACUAUAGAAGACUCUGUGGAACUGGUUUUGGGCAGAAAAACCAUGCUUCAUUUAGUCACAAAGGACUUUCCCUUAACUUUUGAACCCCUGGUCUGAUUCGUGCCAUUUUUUAAUAUGUUGUUCCCCUGAAUGGAUUGAUUAUGAAAAUGUAUGUUUUAUGUUUGUGACAUGUAUAUUUUAGAAGUUAUAAAUAUUGUGUAAAAACUGUAUUCCUCUGCCGGUGAUAAUGAGAUUACCCAUUGUGUUCAGUAAUCAUAUCACCUGCCAGAGGGGAGGAUUUUGUGUGGGAGUGUCUGGGUGUAUUGUACGGAUUGAUUGGUUGUUUUGUAACGCCCUGUGGGCUGUACUAUGUUUGUGGAUUGGGAAUAAAAGAGACUGUAUGUGACAGUACAGAGAGUUCCUGUUUUAACCCUCAAAGUGAAGUGUCGUCUCAUUAUUGGGGGAAGGAUUUAUUGUAUGCUGUUCCAGUUUGACUGCUAGGAGAGUAAACCUAUUCGUAUGGUUCCUAUUCAACUGUCUACAGCAUUCAUAUGCUUGGGAGAAUUUAUUUGUUUCUCCGGUUCGGUGAUUGUGGUGUCUGCCAGAGUGCUUGGAGUCCUCAGGAAGUGCAUCCUUCAACGGAGGUACCCAGUCGGGGUGCCAGGCGAUCCAUUACACAUACACUGACAGAUACACAGUCAUUGUUACACACACUGUUUAACCAACACACACUUUCACUGAAACCUACAUAUUCACAGACAUACACACUCACUCAUUCACUGUUACACUCACUCACAGUUAGACACUCACAUUCACCGACAGACACACACAUUUACCAACAGAUACACAUACACACUGACAGACACACACUCUCAGUAACAGACAUGCAUGUACACACUGACAAACACACUCACUGACAAAGACAUAUACACUCUCACUGACAAACACACAUACACACUCACUGACAAAAACCAUAUACACUCUCAGUGACAGACACACACACUCUCUGAUAGUCACAUACACACUCCCUAACACACACACACACUAGCACACUCAAUAACAGACACACACACACACACUCACACUUAGUAGCAGACACAGACACUAACACACAAUGUUUUUUUUAUUUUUAUUAUUUGUUCAAUCCACCCAGCCUCCCUACCUUUGGGAGUGCUGGAGUGGAUUCUUCCCUUGUGUCCAGUGGGGCUGGCUGCAGAUCGGCAGACAGGCGGGCGGUCGGGCUGGCAGGCACAUGGGAGGCGGGCAGCGAGGGAACUCUGAUCUUCUCAGGGAGAGCUCAGGGGAGAGUUGUAAUUAUCAACGCAUGCCAGCCUUGGGGGGGCCCUGAGCUGGCCAGCUGGUCAUCUCCUGGGCCACCCAGGACAAGAGGCUGGCAGGACAUUUGCCAGGGUGUUUGAGGGGGGGUGGUGUCUUUUUUUGCCGCCCCCCCGUAAGUUCUACCCACUUAGCCUCACGGCACAUACAUCGCUGCUCACACAUAUGCUACAGAUAGACAACUACAUUUAUUAAACCCCGAGACCAAUUAUAAAGAGCCCUACCAUUGCAAUAAACGCAAAAAUGCAUCCUUGCUUUGACAUAUACAAGGUUAUUGCACAAAUAAAAACGUGAAAGUGCACAUGAGCACAAAUAAAAUGUUACCCUCCAGGUACAAAAUAACAGGGGUAAAUCUACAAGAGAUAACACAGAGCAAAUAUCAUAAUGUAAUAUGUAUAUAUAAAUUGAAGCUUCCCACAAUGCAGUAUAUGACUUACAAUUAUCAGAGCCAGCAAUAUUGGCUCUAAUAUAUGGCAUUUGAAAUUGGGCUUCAACUCAACUUAAAUUCUACCCAUUCACUCCAAAGUCAACACUGGAGCAUAUGAUAAGGAACGAAUUUGAGCAAACUCAAAAGACUUUCUUGUAAAGUACUUAAAAACUUAAAGUAGUGGUGUUUUUUAAUAAUAAAAGCCACCACACAGUACAGCACAUCACGUUUCGAUACUAGGUUUUCAUCAAGGUGUGUAUAUCACAGUGUACUCAAUCCCCUUAAAUAUCUCAUACAUUUGAAUAUUGUCCAUAUUUUUGGUUUUGGGCGAUCCUCGUUUGGCCAUAUGGACUACACCUAAAGGAGGUAGCUUAAGCUUCAUUUGCUACAUCUUGAAAACAACCAGCUAGAUGGCACUUCAUAUGCAUUUUGUGGGAACUGUAAGUUCUUCACUGGAAAUCCACCACCGGUUGCUCCCACACCUUCAAACCUCUUCCACCUACAAGUAAGCAAUGACGAUACAAGAAAAAUUGUAAGCUCCGAGUGGUCUUUUAUAAUGCCAGUUAAACAAAUUUAUUUAUUUCUAAAGCCAUAUUGUUUAUUAAUUAAUUAAUGUAUUUUUUUCCUUUAUAUUGAUAGUGUUGCGGUGCUUAGGUAUCCCAGCUAGAAGUGUUACUAACUUUGCUUCAGCUCACGAUACGGAAGAAAAUUUAAACGUUGAUAUUUACUUAAAUGACAAAGGAGAAAAAUUAGACGACUGGACCUCUGACUCUGUUUGGUAUGUACAAAUCCAUACUGACAAGCACAGCACAUAUUAAAUAUUGUAGUUUAACUUUCAUGGAAUGGUUCUUACAUGUGAAAUAACUCACAUUGGGUUUGUGAAUCACUUUAUUAUUUGAAUUUUACUUUAAAAGGGAUUUUCAGGCUAGCACAGAACCUCCUUGCAGGUCUGGGGAUAUGCAUCUGGCUUCCGCAGAGCUAAAGAAGCUGCAUACCGAUCCUGUUGCCAUUCAUUAGCUGAGAGCAUCAGCUGACUUCUCUCGGCCAAUGAAUGACAUUCUGCAGAAAUGACAAUAACCAACCACAAUGAUACUGCCAGAGGUGGAGUUACGCCUCCAGCAGCAAAGGGAUUCAAAUCAGUAUGCAAAUCACUGCACAUGCAGAUUCAGGCACCAUGACCAUUUCAAAUUACUAAAGUGGUCAUGGUGCCUAGAGUAAACCUUUAUAUAUAGAAAUCAGCAAUAUUGUAUUCUGCUAUUUUUGUGGACUUGGGCACCUCCAUCUUGUCUUCCUGUCAAUCAUUGUUAUAAGCUCUGCUAUUACUUAGCUGAACUGGAUCGAGUUAAACAAGGUUUAACCCCGAGGUGGAGCCUAGGCAUCCACCUAGAGGAUAGACAGCGGCCCUGAAUCCAUGAGUAAAGCUCAAUACCAGCACUAUUGGAAUAUAUGUCCCAUUACGGUUCAAAGGGACAUUGUAAGCACCAAAACACCUUUAGGUUAAUGGAGUAGUUUUGGUGUAUAGAUCAUGCCCCUGCAGUUUCACUGCUCAAUUCUCUGCCAUUUAGGAGUUAAAUCCCUUUGUUUUUGCAGCUCUAGACACACCUCCUGUGAAGAGAGAUCUAAAGUUUAAACGUUCUUUAUUGCGCAGUCUGCUUAAUUUAGAAUUUCUUUUCUAUUGCUCCGUUAACAGAUAAAAUCUUCUAAAGUAAACAGACUCUGCUGACUGGGAGGUGGGGCUAGGGCUGCAUGGACAGAAACAAAAGUGAUCUAACGUAUAAAUGGCAGAGAAUUGAGCAGCGAGACUGCAAGAGCAUAUUCUUUACACUAAAACAAUGUAAAUAAAAUAAAGUACUUUGGUGCUUAGGGUGUCCCUUCAAUAUUAUAAAACUACAUGUUUUUCUCCUCUACUGCUGCAGGAAUUUUCAUGUCUGGAAUGAAGUGUGGAUGAAGAGGCCUGAUCUGCCCAGUGGAUAUGAUGGAUGGCAAGCACUUGAUUCCACUCCACAGGAACCUAGUCAAGGUAAGAUGAUUAUUUUACUCUAUACAAGUUAGUUAUUGAUGUAUUUAUUGUUAUAUAAACACACUCUUUAGUUUUUGAAAAUAUUUAAUUCCCAUAUUAAUAGGUUUAUUCAAUAACGUGAUUUACAUAUCCCUUGUCCCAUUGGGGUUAAAAAAUGUGUCAACAGGGCAUACAGGCAGUUUUCAUACUCCUCUGAAAGUAUGCGGCAAGGGUGCUUUCUCUCCCCAUUCUUGUUCACACUGUCCUUAGAACCAUUACCAUAAUCUUUAAUGCAGGAUCGAAAUAUGAAUGCAGGGCAUUACAAUUGGGGACCAGGACUUUUGUCUGUCAAUUUUUGCACAUGAUAUUAUCUUAACAUUAAUAUUAACACUAAGCGACUCUACCUGCUCAAUACCGGCACUAUUGGAAUUGAUGGCCCAUUAAGGUCAAUUUUCAAUUUACAAAUGAAAUCAAGCAAAACACAGGCACUGACUAAAGGUGUUCUGGGGAGAGUGAUUGAGGAGUUAAUGAGUACAUACAGAUUUUACUGGAGAACUACCACCAUUAGCAUCAAACUGACCAAAAAUACACAACUGAUUUUACCUACUAUUUCUGGAUAAAUGUAGGAAGGAGUUAGCCAAAUAGGGACACCUUAUGCUAUUAGUAUUAGCCUAUGAGUUUUACUAUUUAAUAUAUAUAUCCCUGGGCAGGUAGAAUUCAUACAUUAAAGAUGAUGUUACUCCCAAAAAUAUUGUAUCUUUUUAGUCUAUUACCCAUUAAGAUCCCCUUGACAUUCAACAAGUCACUACACAGACUGUAUGUGUGUGCGGUAUGGGACUGCCACACAUUGAAAGAUAUUACAGGAUGGGCUUGUUACAGGUGGCCUUAGCUGUGCAUCAUCGAGUGGUAUAUUUCAGUGAAUGAAAAGGAGAUAUCCCAACAGCUAAACCCAAUGGUGCUUGACACCAAAUGGACUCAGAGACAUUUGAGGAAAGCACAUACGUGGUAUUACAGUUCUACAUCGUUGGCAAUCACAGAGUGGUACAGCGGUGGGGAGGAAAUACAUGUCUGCUGACCUGUUGUCAGUGUUGUUGAUUCUGAGUGCGUGGUUGUCCCUGAAACAUUGGGCUAAGGCUGGGGAAGAUUAGGUAGAUUCACUAUUAUCGAAGAGCACACUACUACAUUUCCCAGAUAUCCAAGCCAAGUUUGCACUUCCACAAAAUCAAAUUGUUCCCCACCUACUGUGAUAAAGUGAAGGCAGAUAGGCCUAUAACAUUUAACCCCAGGGGGAGUAUGUGUAGUAUGUGUUGUAGGCAACACAAACCUAAGUUUAGUUAAGGGCCCCUGGGGUGGAGCAUUUGGAGAGCAGGGUGGGCCAAUGCUCCACUCCGCAGUUUGCAUACAACUGGGAGAAAUAAGUUCCAGGCCAGAGUUUUGAUCUGUCUCCAACCCACUGCUCAGCUGCAGAUAAUCAGCUGCAGCAGUGGAAAUAAACCCCUCCCUGCUAGGCAGGUAAAAGGGGGUUUGCUGGCUUCCUCUCUGGAAGCAGGAAGGAGAGACGCUGUUCUCUCCUGUGAGACAGUCAAGGAGACUGAGCACUGGGUGUGCAGAAGGGAAAGCAGUCAAGGCUGGCUUGGAGCACUGGGUGUGCAGAAGGGAAAGCAGUCAAGGCUGGCUUGGAGCACUGGGAGUGCAGAAGGAAGCAGUCAAGGCUCAUUUGGAGCACUGGGAGUGCAGAAGGAAGCAGUCAAGGCUGGCUUGGAGCACUGGGAGUGCAGAAAGGAAAGCAGCAGGCUAGCUGAGAGCACUGGAGUGCAGAAAGGAGAGAGAGAAUUUUUGUUUUUUCUAGAAGGAAUGGAAGGCACAUGCAAACUGAGUGUGGAGUGCAGAGAUCUGACAAAGGCACUAGGUUGGUGAAACCAAUUAUUGUUCUGUUAUAGUUUAAACCCUUGAGAGAUAGGGAACUUGAUGUUAGUAAGUGCUCAGACCGAGUUAGGUUUUUGUUUAUAGGGAUUUGUUACUGUUUGGUUUUUUUUUUAUUUGCUGCUGUAUCUGUGGUGGAGUUUAACAAUAAAGUGCCUGGAAUUAAGUUGCCUUAAAAGACUGUGCAUGUUUGUGCCCAAGAGGACCGUGCUACCUGCAGACAAGGAUCACACUACAUAUAAAAAGUAUAAUUCUCUCUCAGGUGACAACACCACAAGACCCUGCUUAUCAGACUAACGCAGUGUUUAAAGUGCUCAUACAUAGGUGCUGGGAAAGACCCUGUCACUGUGCUACACAGCUUUAGAAGAAAAAGUUCCUGCUAGCCCAUUUGCUUUCUGAAGAGAUGGGAUGUGGAACGCACCUAUCAGAACCGUCUUGGCUGGAGUAUUUCAAUGCCCUAGGUGACUUGUCCCGCUUCUCUUCAUAAUGGAAGCUCAUAAAAAAUUGAUAUGUAGAUGGUAUUUCACCCCCUCUACGUUAGCAGUGUGGGGUAGAAGAGGGCACCAGGCUACAUAUUUGAUUGGAGUGCAGGGUGUUGCUGCCACUGUAAGAGGAAGUCACAAGACUGUAUACACAAAUGUCUACUGAUUGCAUACCCUUUACGCCAUCCUGCUACCUACUACUGCUAUUCCCAAACUCACUCCUCAGACAUAUGAGGACACUAGCUAAACAUUUUAUUCUUGCUCCUAGACAGCUUAUUGUCCUAAACUGUAAGCAGUUUGCCCAAGCAUACUAAAUCUCAUAGAGAAGGUGCGUUUGGCCAUAUAUACAAAAGAAUGAGUGUUAGCUCUAGAGAGGAAAGAGAGAGAUUUGACAAGAUAUGGGAGAAAUGGGAGAACCUAUUGCCAAGGCUGUAGCAACAUAAGGUAAAGAGAGGGGAGUUUAUUGCCUCGUUGGAGGGUUGUUGGACCCAGGUUAGAGCAGUGAACGGUUGUUAUAUUGACAUUGUAAAACCAAUAAAAAUAUAUAUUUUUAAAUCAAAUAAAUUACCUAUUAAAAGGUUGGGUUUUCAAUAAAUAUUGUAAGAAAAAUAAAUGCCAACUAUGUACACAUCCUAAUAAAAUGUGCCGUACAGCAAUGUUAAACAAAAAAAUGUUUCCUCAAUCCCUGUAGGUGGCACUCAAGUACCAAAAAAAUAUUUUCAAAGCGAGUUAAAAAAAAAAAAAAAAAAAGCAAACAAUGUAACCAAUAUAUAAAGGUAUUAAAACAAGGUUCAUGUUAAAAAAAUAUUAAAUAUCAACUUAAUGAUCUAAAAAUAGUCAAAUAGUAAAGCCUUAAAAAUGUAAACAGACAUAGAGAAUGUAAAAUAUUAGAUUAGAAUCCAAUAAAUUUCAGGAGUGGUAUUUCUUUAAAUGGGCAAUAUAUGAAGCAGAUAUUGAAUAACUUGUAAAAGACAAUAAUAGAAAUCUAAUACAAAUAGUACAAUAAUUCACCUUUUGUUACCAUGCAUUAAUUAAAACAUGUAUCUGAAAUAUGUAGAAAAUAUAUAUAACUUAGUAGUAGAAAUGUCUCUGUAUUGAUACAAUAGUCUCUUUCAAAAUGACACUGUGGUCUGUGAUUUGUUAGCUGUUUACAGCUUUCUCCAGUUAUGAUCGAACUGGAAUAUGUUAGCUGAAUGAGCUAAUUUAGUAUUGUACAAAAUUAUAUAUAUAAGCCAGUUUGCAGUUGAUAUAUAAUUGUAUGUACUUAGUAAAAAAUAUAAUAAUAGCUAACAGAUCAUGGUUAAUGAUCUGUAGUUUAGUAGAUAAGUUCCAUGUUGCUCACAGAAAGUGAAACAAAAUCCGAAGUGCUAAGUGCAAUAAAAUACGUUUAUUGGAUAAAAAAGAAAAGUUGUGCACUUACAAUAACGCAAAGAGUCUAAGUGCUUAACUGGAAUCUGGAGAACCUGGUGUUUGCAGCUUGUUCUUUUCGGUCCGCCGGCAGAUGAAUGGACCUGUGGAUAGCCGCGUCCGUGUCACCGAUCUCCUGCGUUCCAAGUGAAGCCCGGUCUUCUUUGCGAUAAGUGCCACAAAGUGUUGAAGUCCUUACGCGUUUCGUGAGUCUAAUGCUCACUUCAUCAGAGGAUAUUGUGCAAGGAGAACCCACGGGUUUAAAUAGCUGAUUGCUGCUUCAGUUUAUGUUAACCCUUUCAUGCUUAUGUUCAUACUUGCUCUAAUUAUUAAAAUUGUUUUAAUACUGUACAUAUAUAUUCUUAUAAUAAAUUUGAUCUUUGAGGAAUAUAUUUCAUCAUAUAAAACACAUUAUAGGAGAAAAUUCUAAGAAGUUAUUAUAAAAAGUUAUAAAAAGAAUUAUAAGAAAAUUUAACACUUCACUAAAAAUAUUUCAUUAGAAGAUAACAUUGUUUUUAGAAAAUGAAGGUGACAUCAUUAAAAGGAUAUAAUAAUAUUAUGUGGUGUAACAACAUGUUAAAAGUAGUAUAACUGCAUAUUAAAAUGAUAAUACAGAUAUCUUAGAAAAUUAUACAGUGUUUGUUUAUGCAAAUGAAGAUUAAGACUUUUGAUAUGGAGAAAACUUUCAUCAGUAGUAUGAGAAUGAACAGUAAAUAAAAUAUAUGUGUAAAUAUUGAAUAUUAAGAUGAGAAGAUAAGAACAGGUUUAAAAAGAUAAAUAUUUUAGAUUUUAUAGGAAUGCUCGCAACUCAAAAUCUAUAUUAAGUCCUUUUGGUUCUAGUGUAUCUAAUUUAAAUAUCCAGCUUGCUUCUGCUUUAUCUAAUUCUUUAUUUAAGUCGCCUCCUCUCCAUGGGAUGUUUACUUUCUGUAUUGCCAUAAAUAUAAGGCCUUCAGGAUUUCUCUUAAGUUUGACAUCAAAGUGCUUUGAAAGAUUGUGUGAAUAAAGUCCAUUUCUGAUAUUUCUAAUAUGUUCUCCCAUUCUUGUUUUAAAUGCUCUUUUAGUGCGCCCUAUGUAUAAUUUCUCACAGGGGCAUUUUAACAAAUAAAUUACGCCAGUAGUGUUACAUGUCAGUUGUGAUUUAAUUUUAAAUGAAUCUUGUGUUUGGGGAUGAGCAAAUUGUGUUGUUUUAAUUGGUUGAUUUGGAUUAUUUUUGCAAGCUUUACAUUUUCCACAUUUCCAAAAACCUGAAGAUUUGUUUGUGGUGAUGGUAGUAUUUUGUUGUGUUUUUUCUUGUUUAGUAGUGGGGGCUAAUAAUAGACUUAAAUUUGGAGCUCUAGAAUAUAUUAUCCUAGGUUUAUUUUCUAGUAUUAGAUCUAAUUGGGGAUCACCUUUUAGUAUGCUCCAAUUUUUUUGUAAAAUUUUUUUGAAUUCCUGAGUAUGAUUAUUAUAUCUGGUUAUAAACGCCGGAGCUUCUAAAUUGAUGUUAGUGCUUUGUGGUUUUGUUGCUAAAAUCUGUUCUCUUGUUAGGCUUGAGGUUUUGGAUAGGGCUUCAUUAAGUAUGUUUGUUGAAUAGCCUUUAGCUUGGAAUUGUGAUACCAUAUUUGUAGUUUGUUCAUCACAAAUAUUAGGUUCUGAGCAAUUUCUUUUAAUUCUCCUGAAUUGGCUAAAUGGGAUAUUAUUAAGCCAACUUUUUUUAUGAAAACUGUUGUGAGGGAUAAAACUAUUGCAUGCUACUACUUUCCUAAAUGUUUUAGUUUCUAAUUGGUUGUUCUUGACAUAAAUCUCUAAAUCCAAAAAUUCCAAUUUUUCCGUGGAUUGAUUAAAAGAGAAUUUAAGAUUGUAAGGGUUAAAAUUAAGGUAUUCUUUGAAAUGUUCAAGUGUUGCAGUGUUUCCUUUCCAAAUAAAAAUGCAAUCGUCUAUAUAACGAUGCCAUGAGACCAGAUUUGCGCCAUAUGGGUUAUUGGACCAUAUAUGUUCAUCUUCCCAUUUGCCCAUAAAUAGGUUUGCAUAGCUUGGCGCAAAUCUGGUCCCCAUGGCUGUGCCUUCAAUCUGGAGAUAAAAACGUUGAUUUAAAAAGACUUAUGGACAAUGAACAAAUUACUAUAAGAGGGGCAGACAAAGGAGGAGGCAUAGUGGUGCUAAAUACAAUAGAUUAUAGAGUGGAAAAUAUUAGACUUCUCCAAGACAUCCAAACAUAUCAGAUUUUAAUUAAUGACCCUACCAAAGAGUUCCAAAAAGAAUUACAGAUACUAUUAGAAGAAGGUAAAGAGAGAGGUAUUUUAAACCAAAAGGAAUAUGAUUACUUAUAUUGUAAAUUUCCAAGAAUGCCAAUAUUUUAUCAUGUGCCAAAAAUUCAUAAAACCCUAACAAAACCACCAGGACGCCCCAUCAUCUCUGGCAUUGGGUCUCUAACGUCCAACUUAUCCGAAUACGUUGACCAAUUUCUUCAAAUAAUUGUUCCAAAACUACGAUCCCACUUGAGAGAUACAACUCAUAUAAUUAAAAUUCUAUCAGAUAUUCAAUGGGACAAAGAUUUUAUCCUAGUUACGGCUGAUGUCACAUCCUUGUACACUGUCAUAGAACAUUUACAGGGAUGUGAAGCUAUUCAAUAUACGUUAGCAACUCAUUCAGAUUUAAAGAAUGAUCAAAUUGAAUAUAUUGUCAAAUGUGUAGCCUUUAUACUCAGCCAUAACUAUUUUUCGGGCAAUCAACGUUUUUAUCUCCAGAUUGAAGGCACAGCCAUGGGGACCAGAUUUGCGCCAAGCUAUGCAAACCUAUUUAUGGGCAAAUGGGAAGAUGAACAUAUAUGGUCCAAUAACCCAUAUGGCGCAAAUCUGGUCUCAUGGCAUCGUUAUAUAGACGAUUGCAUUUUUAUUUGGAAAGGAAACACUGCAACACUUGAACAUUUCAAAGAAUACCUUAAUUUUAACCCUUACAAUCUUAAAUUCACUUUUAAUCAAUCCACGGAAAAAUUGGAAUUUUUGGAUUUAGAGAUUUAUAUCAAGAACAACCAAUUAGAAACUAAAACAUUUAGGAAAGUAGUAGCAUGCAAUAGUUUUAUCCCUCACAACAGUUUUCAUAAAAAAAGUUGGCUUAAUAAUAUCCCAUUCAGCCAAUUCAGGAGAAUUAAAAGAAAUUGCUCAGAACCUAAUAUUUGUGAUGAACAAACUACAAAUAUGGUAUCACAAUUCCAAGCUAAAGGCUAUUCAACAAACAUACUUAAUGAAGCCCUAUCCAAAACCUCAAGCCUAACAAGAGAACAGAUUUUAGCAACAAAACCAAAAAGCACUAACAUCAAUUUAGAAGCUCCGGCGUUUAUAACCAGAUAUAAUAAUCAUACUCAGGAAUUCAAAAAAAUUUUACAAAAAAAUUGGAGCAUACUAAAAGGUGAUCCCCAAUUAGAUCUAAUACUAGAAAAUAAACCUAGGAUAAUAUAUUCUAGAGCUCCAAAUUUAAGUCUAUUAUUAGCCCCCACUACUAAACAAGAAAAAACACAACAAAAUACUACCAUCACCACAAACAAAUCUUCAGGUUUUUGGAAAUGUGGAAAAUGUAAAGCUUGCAAAAAUAAUCCAAAUCAACCAAUUAAAACAACACAAUUUGCUCAUCCCCAAACACAAGAUUCAUUUAAAAUUAAAUCACAACUGACAUGUAACACUACUGGCGUAAUUUAUUUGUUAAAAUGCCCCUGUGAGAAAUUAUACAUAGGGCGCACUAAAAGAGCAUUUAAAACAAGAAUGGGAGAACAUAUUAGAAAUAUCAGAAAUGGACUUUAUUCACACAAUCUUUCAAAGCACUUUGAUGUCAAACAUAAGAGAAAUCCUGAAGGCCUUAUAUUUAUGGCAAUACAGAAAGUAAACAUCCCAUGGAGAGGAGGCGACUUAAAUAAAGAAUUAGAUAAAGCAGAAGCAAGCUGGAUAUUUAAAUUAGAUACACUAGAACCAAAAGGACUUAAUAUAGAUUUUGAGUUGCGAGCAUUCCUAUAAAAUCUAAAAUAUUUAUCUUUUUAAACCUGUUCUUAUCUUCUCAUCUUAAUAUUCAAUAUUUACACAUAUAUUUUAUUUACUGUUCAUUCUCAUACUACUGAUGAAAGUUUUCUCCAUAUCAAAAGUCUUAAUCUUCAUUUGCAUAAACAAACACUGUAUAAUUUUCUAAGAUAUCUGUAUUAUCAUUUUAAUAUGCAGUUAUACUACUUUUAACAUGUUGUUACACCACAUAAUAUUAUUAUAUCCUUUUAAUGAUGUCACCUUCAUUUUCUAAAAACAAUGUUAUCUUCUAAUGAAAUAUUUUUAGUGAAGUGUUAAAUUUUCUUAUAAUUCUUUUUAUAACUUUUUAUAAUAACUUCUUAGAAUUUUCUCCUAUAAUGUGUUUUAUAUGAUGAAAUAUAUUCCUCAAAGAUCAAAUUUAUUAUAAGAAUAUAUAUGUACAGUAUUAAAACAAUUUUAAUAAUUAGAGCAAGUAUGAACAUAAGCAUGAAAGGGUUAACAUAAACUGAAGCAGCAAUCAGCUAUUUAAACCCGUGGGUUCUCCUUGCACAAUAUCCUCUGAUGAAGUGAGCAUUAGACUCACGAAACGCGUAAGGACUUCAACACUUUGUGGCACUUAUCGCAAAGAAGACCGGGCUUCACUUGGAACGCAGGAGAUCGGUGACACGGACGCGGCUAUCCACAGGUCCAUUCAUCUGCCGGCGGACCGAAAAGAACAAGCUGCAAACACCAGGUUCUCCAGAUUCCAGUUAAGCACUUAGACUCUUUGCGUUAUUGUAAGUGCACAACUUUUCUUUUUUAUCCAAUAAACGUAUUUUAUUGCACUUAGCACUUCGGAUUUUGUUUCACUUUCUGUGAGCAACAUGGAACUUAUCUACUAAACUACAGAUCAUUAACCAUGAUCUGUUAGCUAUUAUUAUAUUUUUUACUAAGUACAUACAAUUAUAUAUCAACUGCAAACUGGCUUAUCUAUAUAAUUUUGUACAAUGCUAAAUUAGCUCAUUCAGCUAACAUAUUCCAGUUCGAUCAUAACUGGAGAAAGCUGUAAACAGCUAACAAAUCACAGACCACAGUGUCAUUUUGAAAGAGACUAUUGUAUCAAUACAGAGACAUUUCUACUACUAAGUUAUAUAUAUUUUCUACAUAUUUCAGAUACAUGUUUUAAUUAAUGCAUGGUAACAAAAGGUGAAUUAUUGUACUAUUUGUAUUAGAUUUCUAUUAUUGUCUUUUACAAGUUAUUCAAUAUCUGCUUCAUAUAUUGCCCAUUUAAAGGAAUACCACUCCUGAAAUUUAUUGGAUUCUAAUCUAAUAUUUUACUUUCUUAUUGCAUUUAAAGGGUUUUUAUAGUGGAACCCUUUCUUUCAGUUGAAGAGGUUUUUUCUUUAAGCCAAAUUACAUACUCUUACAUUUAAGAGACAUAGAGAAUGUGUGAAAAUUAAAAAAAAAAUCCAAAAUCUAUUACGUAACUAAAGAAAAGAGAGUUUCAUAUCAAUGUAUCUCCAUUCUCCUUCCAGUCACUACAAUGCUGCAAACAGUACCUGGGAGGAUCUUUGCAAAUAGAAACAUAGAAUGUGUCGGCAGAUAAGAACCAUUCGGCCCAUCUAGUCUGCCCAUUAUUCAUUAUUAUUCCCUGGCCUUAUCUUAUAGCUAGGAUAGCCUUAUCCCACACAUGCUUAAACUUCCUCACUGUGUUAACCUCUACCACUUCAGCUGGAAGGCUAUUUGAUGCAUCCACUCAGUAAAAUAUUAAAUAACUAGGAAUAUGUCACAGGAGGGUAUCAAUGAGUUAGGUGACCCUCUGGAAAUACUGCAUAUUCUUUGAAUUGAAUCAAAAGGGUAGGUUAUAGUGCAAGGCUCAAGGAGGUAGAACUAUAUGACUCAAUUAUGCACAAAUAGGUAAACUUAUCAAACUCAGAUGUCAUGAAUGGCUGGCUAGACAUGUGUUAAAAAGGGGAACGUAAAUAAAAAAAAUAAGCUAAAACAUGCUAGGAGAUGCCACUGGAGCCCCACAUAUUAAGCUUCCCAAAUUGCACAAAAUGGCCUCAGCCCACUCCCACUACAGGCCUGUCUGGGUAUAGAGGUGUCUCGAUAGAUGGGCAAGCCUGGUGUGUUCCACUCUGCUGACCCCCGGGUCUUUGUUCAGGCCUGCAUCAAUCGCCCUCAAAUCCGGCUCUCUUGUGAGCCAACAUCAGAGUCCCCGGAAAGAAUGAUCCUCCCAGGAGUUGGGCUGCAAUGCGAUGGACAUCUCUUCAUGGCUCGAGGCCCAGGAAGGUGGCCACGGAGAUCAUAGGCCCUAGUUGCCGAUAGACCUCCGCUGACUUCUGAGGUGUCGCUGUGGUGUUCCGACUCAGUACAGUCCAGGUGGGGGAACCGAUACCAUCAAACUGCAUUGUGAAUGGAGCUGCCUGCAGGUAAGUCGUGGUCUUUUCCAGUGGUUGUUGAGUGGCAGCCAUUUUAAUGCCGGACAGGAUUCCGGGUGCAGAGUAAGCCAUCUGGGUUUUGGCUUUGUGGUGUCCGAUCCCUCCAGUGAGGACCAAGAUAACCCCCACCGGUCCAAAGGGGGGUGGGGGGAAUGGGACCUGUGAGGAGUACCAAAUAGCUGUUGGAUUGUCCCAGGUAGAAGAGCAGGGCAGCGGCCUUCCACUCCGCUCCUCUCCCGAGUGGGCCUCAUUCACCAAAGCUUCGUAAGCCUCGUUUGGGUGUCAAUACCUGCCAAAGACAUGAGCCAUUUCACCCAGCGGGCCAAGGUUGGAGAGGAAACUGGAGCAUGUGGUUUCCGGAAGGAGAUGAAGAGUUGGGGGUCUGACCCCGUCCGAAGGGGUGCGGUACGGGCUUCGUACGCCCGAAGGCACGCUACCGGACAAAGGAGUGGCUGUGCUGGAAACGCUGGAUACAGGACCGUCCGGGAUGACGAUUUCGUCCUCCGUGAGAUGUCAAAGACUACUCCUUCUGGAGAGAAGGAUCGGGCAUUGACAUCGAGUGCUCUAACGUCUGACACUCUCUUGCAUGAGAUUAGGCAUAACAGCAUAACUAGUUUAGCUGAUAGUUGUUUCAACGAUAGAAACUCGUUGUCUGGCCACCGUGUCAAGAAAUUCAAUAUUAGGGAGACGUCCCAUAGGGAGGAAUAGCGAGGUUGGGGCGGCCUUGCAAAGUGGAUGCCUCGGAGAAGGCGACAGACAAUUGGGUGUCGUCCUAUCGGGGCCCCAUCGAUGCCGGUAUGGCCGGCCGAUAUGGCUGAAUGGUAGAGGUUUACUGUCCUGUAAGCCUUCCCGUCGUCAUAAAGGGACGUUAAGAAUUGCAGGACUGUUGUCACAGGAGUUGAUAAGGGAUCCAAACCCCGUGCAAUGCACCAACCAUCCCAUGUGCGCCAAGCAGAUUUGUAAGACUGUCUCGUGCCGGGUGCCCAUGCGCCCUCGAGAAGUUGGAGAGUCGAUUGCGAAACUCCCUCGAUCGACCAGGGUCCCCGGAAAUCAGCCACGCCAUGAGGCGGAGGAGUCCCUGACGGAUCAUGGGGUGGGGGUUCGCAUCGGGGUCUCGUAGUAGAGAUUGGGUAUCCGGGAGGAGCCGCGGGUGAUCUAUGGCCAUCUCCAGAAGAGGAGGGAACCAGGGUUGUGACGGCCAUAAGGGGGUUAUUAUUACCAAGCAGCCCAAUUGGCGCCAUAGGUGGAGAAGACACCGCGGAAUGAGGGCAAAAGGAGGGAAGGCAUAGUUCCUGGCAUUCGACCAGUUUUGGGAGAAAGCAUUCAUAGCCGAAGUCUUGGGGUCUGGCCUCCAACUGAAGAAGGUCGGAAGUUGGGUGUUCAAACGAGAGGCGAACAAGUCUAUUGCCAGAGGACCCCACAGGUCCCAAAUGUGUUGGAAGAUUUGGGGGUCGAGAUGCCAAUCGCUAGAAUCCCGCAGAUGGCGGGAGUACCAAUCCGCCGUAGUGUUGGACAACCCCGGUAAGUAUUCUGCCCUGACCGCCAUGUUGUGUUGCAGACAAAACUGCCAAAAAUCCCUCGCCAAAUUCGCUAGGAUUUUGGAUCUCGUGCCAUCGAGGUGGUUGAUAUAACGGACAGCCGAUACGUUGUCCAUCUUUAGUAGGAUUGAACACUGGGACAGUGUCGGGGAGAGGCUGCGAAUGGCAAAGGACCCUGCAAGGAGUUCCAGGCAAUUUAUGUGCAGUGUGGACUCCGCCGCCGACCAGCGUCCGCCUGUGGAAAUAUCUCCGCAGCGCGCACCCCAACCAUAAGAGCUCGCGUCCGACUCUAUGACCACGUCUGGGGCCGAGCCGAAGAUGGCUUUGCCAUUCCACGCCUCCAUGUGCAUGAGCCACCAGCGGAGUUCUUCUUUCGCUUCUGCGUUUAGAGUCAGAGUAUCUUCGUAUGAGGCACCGCCUCUCAGGUAUGACGCCUGUAGGCGUUGAAGGGCUCUGUAAUGAAGGGGGCCCGGGAAAAUGGCCUGUAUGGAGGCUGCUAAGAGCCCGAUCACGCGGGCCAGAUGUUUGAGAGAUAUAUGUGGACAGGUAAGAACUCGUCUUAUCUCUUUCCUGAUAUUUUUCAUUUUGGAUGUUGGUAAAUACAAGGUUUGCAUAACUGAGUCCACCAAGAGACCUAGGAAUUCUAUUUGUUGAGUGGGGGCUAGGAUGGACUUUUCCCAAUUUAUGAUGAAUCCCAAAUUCUGCAGCAAGGUUGUGGUCCAACCGAGGUGAACCUGCAGCAGUGAGACUGACUGACUGCGUAGGAGAGCAACCACGGGCUUCAUUAGCUUGGUGAAACACCAAGGUGCGGAAGACAGACCGAAGGGAAGGCAGCGGAACCGCCAUUUCCUUCCUUGCCACGUGAAUUGCAGGAAAUCCUGGUGCUCCUGUGCAAUGGGUACCGUGAGGUACACGUCUUUAAGAUCGAGUUUGACCAUCCAGUCGGCUGGUUGAAGCAAAUCUCGUAAGCAAUGAAUGCCCUCCAUCUUGAAGUGAUGGUAAGUUACGUAAGUAUUUAAGUGUUUGAGAUUGAUAACUGGGCGGGAUCCGCCCCCCUUUUUUGGGACAAUAAAUAGGUUGCUCACAAAACCCGGGGUAUGCAUCGGGAUUUCUUGAAUGGCACCUUUGAGCGCCAAGUCUCGGACCUCCUCGGAGACGAGGGUCGUGUCUAGAGGGGAAAAAGCAAUCUCCCUGGGUGGGGAGUGCUGGGUGGGGAGGGAUAUAAAGUCUAUUAGGUAGCCGUGGACAGCCCUUAGUAUCCAGGCAUCUGAGGUAAUGAGAGCCCAGACAUGGGAAAAAUGUGUGAGUCUGCCCCCAAUCGUCACAUGUGAAGAAAAUUGAGAAAGGUAGCUUACCAUAAGGACGUCUUCCGGAGGGAGCGCCUCGUGUACCUCUCGACACCCACGGUCUGCCUCGUUGGGGAAAAAAGGUCGGAGCGGACCUUUGGUCGAUAAAGGGGGUUCUCCCCGCAUAGGAGCCUCGCCUCGGGCGUGAGCCUCUGUUGACUCUGCCGGACAGACGGCCCCUUGCUCUGCCGGCCCCACCAAAAACCUUUGGGUGGAACACCCUUUUUAGAUUAGAUUGUGCCUUAUCUAAGGCCGUAAAUGUUUGUACAUAAGAUCCCAGGUCUUUUACAAAAGAUUCUCCAAAAAGGUACCCUUUUGCCAGGGCCCCAGGCUCAGUAAUUGCCAUAUUUACAAGCUUUGGUUCUAUUUUAAUUAGAAUAGCUUUACGACGCUCUGUAGCCAGAGCGGUAUUGGCGUUGCCUAUGAGGCAUAUCACCCUCUGAAUCCAACCUCUAAUAGUGAGGCGAUCUAAAGCGUCAUCUUGUGCCAAGGAUUCCUCCACGGCUUCGAAUAUUUUGGUCGCUGGACCUAAGAUAUCCAAGACUUUGUCUUGACAAUUAUAAAGCGAAAAGUCUAGACCUUUCCUAGGUUUCCAACCCGUCUUGCUUAAAAAUUGUAUGAUCUUGGGAUCAACUUGGGGUGUCUUACAGACGUCGUCUGGUACGGUGGGGCGUGGGCAUUCAGCCCUCAGUUUACUACGUGUUGCCUUGUCCAGAGGCUUACGGACCCGUGAGGCGACAUAUUGCGCCACAUGCUCAGCUGGUGACCAUUCCGCAGAGCGGGGAUGACGCAAGUCAUCCGGCUCAAACAGUGGUUCGCCCUGCGGGUCAAGGACUUUCCCCUGUUUAAUCAAAUCUGAGCUUGCGGUAUUUAUCUUAGUAGAGGGAUUACAAACCUCAUCCAUGUCAUAUUCCGAAUCUAAGUCGGACAAAUCAUGAGACUGCUCUGAGUCUAGGGCUGGGGCACUCUCCUCAUCUGAACUGAGUUCUGACUCAGUGGAAUCAGGUUGGGCUUUAGCCCACUUCCAAUGUCUAGCCGCUUUUGCCCGGCUAGAGGCUCUUUUGCGCGGUGGGUUAGUAUUCGCGCCAUCUAUGACAGGUGUUUUACUGUCCAUCGUCAAUUUGGAGGAGUGCUUGGUUUUUGCCGAGGCUUUGUGGCCGGGGCGUGAUGGGUUGGAAAUGGAUGGUAUCGCGACUGGCAUAGAGGUCGGAGGGACCAUACGUUGGGCCUGCCUUAGUGCUUGGGUAAAAGAUUUUGAAAUAGAUGAGGACAUAAUGUCCAUGGCAGAUGCCAGAGCUUUAGAGACAGAUUUGGACACAGUAGUAUCCAUGAUAGAAAAAAUAGUGUGGAACCAAAGGUCCCUAAGUGGAAGAGUUAUAAAUAAAAGGGAAGUCCCUACCUUUAAUAAUCCUAAGGGUGUAGGCAAUUAAAAUAGACAGGGAGGAAAGAUAGGGCAAGGGAAUAGAUGUGUGAAAACACAUACAGGUCCAAACAACUACUUGCAGAGAAAUAGCCCAAUUCUAAUAAAGUUGGGUCAAAAAAGCUCCAAACUGUAAGGUUGUAAACAGAUAGGUAAUUAGAGGAAUAACAGAGGAAGGAAAAAGGGGAAAGGGGAAUGGGGAGGAACACUUCCUAACUGAAUACCUCGGCACAGUGAGAAUCACAAGUGCCUACCUAUUACCCUUCUGCCUACCUGACUAAAGUAGCUAAAAAUCGAAUGAAUUAAACUAAUCCAUAAGUGCUACCCAAGUGAACAAACUGUAAAGAAAAUAAAUAAAUAAAUAAAAACUCGACGCGCGUUUCAGCGUUCUAACACGCCGUCGUCAGGAGUAGUAAGCCUCUGCAUAACUUUGUGCUCGUUUAUAUGGGGAUUGUAGCAAUCAACUUGAAACAGUUCACCUGUUGUGUGUCCACGCCCCGCCGUCUUGUCGGCCCAUUGAUUGGUCAAGAAAAUGCCGUAUUUGGAUUGGGCCAUGUGACUGGGGGGUGUUGCGGUUGAUUGGGUGAUACCCACGUGGGUGCAACCGGCUGCAUAUGGGGGGAGUGGCUUAGUGGUGUCAACUGGUGACACGGCUGUCAGUCUUAGUGAGACCUCCCAUGUACCGUGCGGUCUGAUUUAAGCAUUCACAAUCCCAUAACGGGAGAAUAAUGCCGCAUAGACAGGGAGUCACAAAGUGACACGGCCUCCCAAACUUAAUGUGUCGAAACUGAUAACCAAUCUCACAGCAUCAUGGCAAUACCAUAAUUAGGAUGUUGUUAAAAAGAUUUUAAACAAUGCACCCAUUAUUAAAGGAAUAUUACACAGGCCAUGAUCAAAUGACAGGUAUUUGGUUGCACCCAAACACAAAUAAAGAAAAUAUAGAGGGAAGACUUGGUGGUGGGAAUGCAAUAGAGCUUACUGUAAAUAUAAAGAAACACAGCUUUAUUGAUCUCUACCACCCUACAGAGUAAUAGGUAACAUCCUUAUAACUAUCUGACAAGGUGGAUACAAGAGACUAUCAGAUUUAUGAUUCCCUAUAUUGCAUCCCACUGAAUAAAGUCCUCAUGUAAGAAGACAAUGGUUAUAAUAUAUAAUCAGAUGUUCAGCCUACUUAUUAUAUACUCAGGACUUGAUAGGGAUAUACCUAACUAUAGAUUACAUCUAAAAGAGAGAAUAAUCAUAAAAAAGCAGUAAAUGAAAAGCCCUCAUUCAGUCCAGCGGCUGAGAGGGUCUUCAAUCUAUAGAUCCAAUAGGACUCACGAUGUCUCAGUUUCAUAUCCCAAUCUCCUUUCCUUUGAGUCUGUGGAAUAUGCUCGAUUCCCAUGAACCUCAAUUUUUUAGAGGAGUUUGAAUGGUAUAUUUUUAAAUGACGGGAUAUGGGAGUUUCAAGAGGUCUCCUAACUGAAUUAACGUGUUCCCGGAUCCGUAGUUUAAAAGGUCUAAAUGUUUUCCCCACAUAUUUUAUACCGCAUGAGCAGAUGAGUAAAUAAAUCACACCCUCUGUUCUGCAAUUAAAAAAUGAUCGUACAGGGAAGACAUCUGUAUUAUUACUGUCAGUGAAUUCUUUGGAGUUCCUUUCCAUAAAUUCACAUGCACUGCAAUGUCCACAUUUGUAUGAACCCUUCGGUAGAUAAUUGUUAAGGCCCCUUUUCCGGGGUGCCAAGUGACUCUGUACCAGGGUAUCUCGAAAAUUACUCCCCCUCCUUGCCGUAACUGAGGGGAGAGAAGUAAUUACAUGUUUCAAAUGUGGGUCGGACUUAAGAAUCGGCCAGUAACGCCUGAGUGUAUCCAUCAUAUAGUCCCACCCCGCAUCAUAUGUGGCAAUGCAUCUAAUCAGUUUUUUAUCUUCUGAUUGUGCAUUCUCAUCAGUGAGGAGUGUGUCUCGGUCGGUUUUGAUGGCUCUAGCGUAUGCCCUCCGUAGAACCCUAUUCGGAUAUCCCUUAUCCUUGAAGGCUUUCCUUAAUUCCCAGGCUUUGGUCUUAAAGUCCUGUGUGGACGAGCAAUUGCGUCUUAGUCGGAGCAUGCUAUUGACUCUGAAUAUUUCCGUAAGUGUGUUACCUGACUCAGAAUUUGAGUAUAUACUUAGACAAAAUCUUGUCCCCUAUUGUGUCAAAAUUACCCUCUCAUAUAAGGGACACUAAGCAGAUGUUAAACUUUUUGAAGGACUUAUCCAUACCAAAGCAAGCCUUGCUAUGCAGCCUGGAUGUGGAAUCUUUGUAUAGCUCUAUACCACAUAUGAAAGGUAUUGAUAAUGUCAAAACCAUUUUAGAACAAGAGCUUCAGUCCCCACAUCUCUACAUCGAUUUCGUCUCAGAUGUACUCAGAACGGUACUGACUAAAAAUAUUUUCCUAUUUAAUGGUAAUAUUUACCAACAAAUAAAAGGGACAGCUAUGGGGACUCCCUGUGCCCCCUCUUAUGCGAACCUUUAUUUAGGAACCUGGGAGAAUCAAAUCCUAAAGGUACCACACUUACGGAAAUAUUCAGAGUCAAUAGCAUGCUGGAAAAGGUACAUCGAUGACGUACUAAUUGUAUGGACGGGGUCUAUUAAGGAUUUCGAGGAAUUUGUCAAAAUCCUGAACAAAAAUGAUUUUGACUUGAGAUUUACUAGUGAGCUAGGUGGUAACCAAAUUAACUUCCUAGACAUUACCAUCACAAUAAAGGAAGGGGGACUGGUACAGACAACCUUGUUCAAGAAACAUACGGCUACGAAUAGUCUCUUGAACUGGACUAGUUAUCACCCACAGCCACUCAAGGCUGGUAUUCCAAUCGGCCAGUACCUCCGACUAAGACGCAAUUGCUCGUCCACACAGGACUUUAAGACCAAAGCCUGGGAAUUAAGGAAAGCCUUCAAGGAUAAGGGAUAUCCGAAUAGGGUUCUACGGAGGGGAUACGCUAGAGCCAUCAAAACCGACCGAGACACACUCCUCACUGAUGAGAAUGCACAAUCAGAAGAUAAAAAACUGAUUAGAUGCAUUGCCACAUAUGAUGCGGGGUGGGACUAUAUGAUGGAUACACUCAGGCGUUACUGGCCGAUCCUUAAGUCCGACCCACAUUUGAAACAUGUAAUUACUUCUCUCCCCUCAGUUACGGCAAGGAGGGGGAGUAAUUUUCGAGAUACCCUGGUACAGAGUCACUUGGCACCCCGGAAAAGGGGCCUUAACAAUUAUCUACCGAAGGGUUCAUACAAAUGUGGACAUUGCAGUGCAUGUGAAUUUAUGGAAAGGAACUCCAAAGAAUUCACUGACAGUAAUAAUACAGAUGUCUUCCCUGUACGAUCAUUUUUUAAUUGCAGAACAGAGGGUGUGAUUUAUUUACUCAUCUGCUCAUGCGGUAUAAAAUAUGUGGGGAAAACAUUUAGACCUUUUAAACUACGGAUCCGGGAACACGUUAAUUCAGUUAGGAGACCUCUUGAAACUCCCAUAUCCCGUCAUUUAAAAAUAUACCAUUCAAACUCCUCUAAAAAAUUGAGGUUCAUGGGAAUCGAGCAUAUUCCACAGACUCAAAGGAAAGGAGAUUGGGAUAUGAAACUGAGACAUCGUGAGUCCUAUUGGAUCUAUAGAUUGAAGACCCUCUCAGCCGCUGGACUGAAUGAGGGCUUUUCAUUUACUGCUUUUUUAUGAUUAUUCUCUCUUUUAGAUGUAAUCUAUAGUUAGGUAUAUCCCUAUCAAGUCCUGAGUAUAUAAUAAGUAGGCUGAACAUCUGAUUAUAUAUUAUAACCAUUGUCUUCUUACAUGAGGACUUUAUUCAGUGGGAUGCAAUAUAGGGAAUCAUAAAUCUGAUAGUCUCUUGUAUCCACCUUGUCAGAUAGUUAUAAGGAUGUUACCUAUUACUCUGUAGGGUGGUAGAGAUCAAUAAAGCUGUGUUUCUUUAUAUUUACAGUAAGCUCUAUUGCAUUCCCACCACCAAGUCUUCCCUCUAUAUUUUCUUUAUUUGUGUUUGGGUGCAACCAAAUACCUGUCAUUUGAUCAUGGCCUGUGUAAUAUUCCUUUAAUAAUGGGUGCAUUGUUUAAAAUCUUUUUAACAACAUCCUAAUUAUGGUAUUGCCAUGAUGCUGUGAGAUUGGUUAUCAGUUUCGACACAUUAAGUUUGGGAGGCCGUGUCACUUUGUGACUCCCUGUCUAUGCGGCAUUAUUCUCCCGUUAUGGGAUUGUGAAUGCUUAAAUCAGACCGCACGGUACAUGGGAGGUCUCACUAAGACUGACAGCCGUGUCACCAGUUGACACCACUAAGCCACUCCCCCCAUAUGCAGCCGGUUGCACCCACGUGGGUAUCACCCAAUCAACCGCAACACCCCCCAGUCACAUGGCCCAAUCCAAAUACGGCAUUUUCUUGACCAAUCAAUGGGCCGACAAGACGGCGGGGCGUGGACACACAACAGGUGAACUGUUUCAAGUUGAUUGCUACAAUCCCCAUAUAAACGAGCACAAAGUUAUGCAGAGGCUUACUACUCCUGACGACGGCGUGUUAGAACGCUGAAACGCGCGUCGAGUUUUUAUUUAUUUAUUUAUUUUCUUUACAGUUUGUUCACUUGGGUAGCACUUAUGGAUUAGUUUAAUUAAUUCGAUUUUUAGCUACUUUAGUCAGGUAGGCAGAAGGGUAAUAGGUAGGCACUUGUGAUUCUCACUGUGCAGUUAGGAAGUGUUCCUCCCCAUUCCCCUUUCCCCUUUUUCCUUCCUCUGUUAUUCCUCUAAUUACCUAUCUGUUUACAACCUUACAGUUUGGAGCUUUUUUGACCCAACUUUAUUAGAAUUGGGCUAUUUCUCUGCAAGUAGUUGUUUGGACCUGUAUGUGUUUUCACACAUCUAUUCCCUUGCCCUAUCUUUCCUCCCUGUCUAUUUUAAUUGCCUACACCCUUAGGAUUAUUAAAGGUAGGGACUUCCCUUUUAUUUAUAACUCUUCCACUUAGGGACCUUUGGUUCCACACUAUUUUUUCUAUUUUACAAUUUGUGGGUUAUUCCCCAGUAGGGAAGAGUUAUCAGGGCUUUUUCCACAAUUAUCUACUAGUAUCCAUGAUAGCCUGAAUAUCCUCUGAUGCUGGGAAAUCCAGGUCAUCCCCAGAAACUAUAGGGGGAAAACCCAAUGCAGUUUGGGGGUCAGUUGUUGUCCCUGAGGGACCAGGCAAGUCAUUAGCAGAUUGCAUUAGUGCAGUGUAACUGACAGGCAGGUAGUUAAACAAGGAAAGAACUGGCAAGCAAUGUAACUGACAGCAGGUGUUAUUUGAUUAAUUUAUUAGUAAAGUUGUAAAGCAGGGUUAAGUAACCCAGCUGAAAGUAACUAGAAUAAACUAAGCAGUAGGUUAAACAUUAAAAUCACUUACAGCUAAUUUAUGAAUAAACUAAGCAAUAAGUUACACAGUAAAAAUCACUUACAGCUAAUUUAUCAAAUAAUGGAGGGGAGCAGGAGAAAAGGGGACCGUCCGCCACUAAUACUGGACACCAACUCCGAUCAAGGGACGGAGUGGGCGUUCCAGAGCAAAAGGGCGGGAAAAACACAGGAGAAAAUGGCCGCUGUGUCGGCUGGAACCAAAAAGAUGGCCGCCGCGACAAGCGAAACCGGAAGCAUAAGUGUAUGCCGGUUUCGGCGGUGAAGGUACAAGGUUAUACCGCCGCACGGGGAGGGAGAGUGAAGCCGCACGGGGAGGGAGAGUAAAAGUGCGGCUGGAUGCGCGGUCAGAAUCAGAUCCGACCGCGAUCACAGCCGGAGCUGAAAAUGGCUGUUGGGGGUGUUCUGACAGGGCGCGCAUGCGCGGGCGGAGCAAAUGCCGGCAAAAUUAAAGUGAUAAACCCUCAGACCGGCCAAAUCCCUGAAUAGCAGGGCAGUUAGAUUAAGGGUCAGCCAUGAGUAGUGUGAUGUUAAAACAGAAGCAACUAGUGCAAUACACAAUAAGGAUUAAAAGAUUAGUCAAAGAUUCUUUAAAGGUACAAAGUAGUCAGUACCAGAAAGGUAUCCAUGAAUAAAGGGUAAUAUAAGGAAAGCAAUUAAAUAUAAUGAAGUACAAAUAGCAAAUUGAAAGGAAAUAACAUCAAAGGAUCCCACAGUGAGAGAACUGUGAGAGGUGUACUUAUCUGAGGGUAAGCAGCAAAGAAAGAGGAAUUGGUCAUCAAUGCUCCGCCUACUAUAGGAGAAGGACGACACUGAUUGGAUGGUCAUGUUGCUAGGCGGACAUUGUCACUAUGAUGUUAUACCUAGUUCAAAUGUUUAUUUUCUUCAAUAAUGUAUUCUUUGCUGCUGAGGGUAUUAAAGAAAGAGUGCAGCAUAAUAGGAGCCUCCGGGUCUUUAAUAAAAUUGUAAAUAUCUGCCCAAAAGGCCAGGUUCUACAGGAGCCUCUCCUGCAAUGUGCCCAAUCAUCAUGGCGGUCAGGAGCUGCCCCGCAAAGUAAUUGUUUAUAAACAGAUUAUUUUCCCCCUCCUAUUUUUCCCACUUUGGAUUUUGUUUCUGAUAAACAUAGACUGAUUGCCACAACAUUAAAACCACCUGCCUAAUAUCAUGUGGGUCAAGGGUCGGUGCAAGGAUUUUUGCCGCUCCAGGCAAAAGUAAAGUUUGCCGCCUCCCCCCCCCCAUGUGACAUCACAAUGCCCCACCCAUAUGAUCUGCCAUGUUAACUAACGGCAGUGCUGCAGUCCCGCCGUGUUUACAUUAAAAGGCCUGCAGGGACAGGCGAUAGACACCAGAACCACUACAUUAAGCUGAAGUGGUUCUGGGGACUAUAGUGUUUCUUUAAUGUGAGGUAAAUUAGAGAUUAGUGCCACGAAUAAUAUACUCGAUUGCCUACUUACAUCCAGAUGAGGAUGAUGAUGGGCUCUAGCUGCAAUCCUGCUCCACUGGUCUGGUGUAGAACAGGAUCUCUGGAGGCUGUUUGUAACUGUGGUCACAAAAAUCAAUGUUCUGGGAGAACGGGAAGCAGCUCAAUUUUUUGGGGGCCCUUUACACAGCUCAAGGUAUGUGUCCCAGGGUCCACCUUCAUGUUCCACCAAUGAGUUUGUUCACAGGGGGUGGAGUGUGUAGGGGAUGUCCUGAUAUGUGUGUAAGGAAUGCAUUGUGUGAAUCUGUGUUUGUACGUGUAAGGGCUGCAAGGUGUGUUUCUGUGUAUGUACGGGAUGCAGUGUGUGCGUCUGUAAGGGGUGCAUUGAGUGUGUGAAAGGAAUGCAUUGUGUGUUUCUGUGUGUGUAAAGGAUGGUUAGAUAGACAGGGUUGCAUUGCUUGUGUGUGUGUGUCUGUGUGUGUAAUGCAUUGUGUGUGUAAUGCAUUGUGUUUUUCUGUGUGCAAGGGGUGCAUUGUCUUUGCGUGUAAGGGUGCAUUGUGUGUGAUUGUGUGUGUGUGUGUGUGUGUGUGUGAUGGAUGUCAAUCUCCCCCCCUCCCUUGUCACUCUCUUCUCCCCCUCCAUGGCACUCUCUUCUCCCCUCCCUUGUACUCUCUUCUCCCCCCCUCCUUGUCGCUCUCUUCUCCCACACUCCCUCCCUCCACUCUCAUUCCCCUCCCUCCCUGUCACUCCUGCCCCUGUCAGUUUCUUUCUCUCCCCGUCAAUUUCCCUCCUUGUCAGUGUUUUCUCCCCCCUCUCUGUCAGUUUCUUUCUCCCCCCUCCUGUCAAUUUCCCCUGUCAAUUUCUGUCUCUCCCCCCUCCCUUUCAAUUUAUUCCCUCUCUUUCAAUUUAUUCCCCCUCCCUGUCAAUUAAUUUCUUUCCCCCCCUGUCAAUUCAUUUCUUUCCUCCCUCUGUCAAUUUCUUUCUCCCCCCUCCCCUACCUCUGUCAAUUCAUUUCUUUCCUCCCUCUGUCAAUUUCUUUCUCCCCCCUCCCCUACCUCUGUUGUAGUGUGGCUGAGCUCUGUACGGUCCGCGGGUACAGGGAGCUUUUGUUUCCUGUACCCGGCCGGACUAAAAGGAAGUGCACACUCAGUGUUAGUCCGGCUGGGUACAGGAGAUGCUCCCUGUACCCGCGGACCAUACAGAGCUCGGCCACGCUACACUGAGGGAGUGACGGGAGGGAGCGCUGAGCGCUUCCCUCCUGUCAGCCCCUCUCCUCAUGCUGCUCCCGGGCGGUGCGCCCUCAUGGACGCACCAGCCAUGGCAAAGCUGCAGCCACUUGAGGCUCUCUACAGAGCGCUCGGGCUGCGGCAGCAUAAGGGGGGCCGGCUCUCCUGGCGAUACCCCUUCCCAAGGGGCGCCCUAGGCGGCUGCCUAGUCCGCCUAACAGCUAGCACCGGCCCUGUGUGGGUCCCCUUCAUCCUGCCAAAACAGCACUGAUUCUUUGAGGCGUGGACUCCACAAGAACUCUGAAUAUGUCCUGUGGUAUCUGGCACCAAGACAAUAGCAGCAGAUUCUUUAAGUUUUGCAAGUUGCGAGAUAGGACCUCCAUGGAUCAGAUUAAGAUCUGGAGAAUUUGGAGGCCAAGGAACCACAUUGACUCAAUUUUCCCCAGCAGAACAUUGCCCAAAGAAUAACACAGCCGCCGUCCUGCCUUCUAUAGUGCAUGCUACUGCCAACUCUUUCCCAGGUCUGUCAAACUUCUUCCAUUGCUCCACGGUCCAAUUCUGAUGCUCACAUCUCCAUUGAAGGCACUUUCGGCAAAUGUACAGGGGUCAUCAUGGGCACUCUAACUGGUGGGCUAUGCAGCCCCAUUCACAGCAAACUGUGAUGCACUGUGUGUUCUGACACAGUUCUAUAAUGGCCAGCAUUAAGUUUUUCAGCAAUUUGAGCAGUAGCUCUUAUGUGUGAUCCGAUGAUAAACGCUAGCCUUUGCUCCACACAUGCAUCAAUGAGCCUUGGGGUUCUAUGACCCUGACACCAGUUCACCAAUUAUCCUUCCUUACAUUACUUUUGGUAGGUACUAACCACUGCAUACUGGCAACACUCCACAAGACUUGUCAUUUUGAUGCUCUGACCCAGUCAUCCAGCAAUAACUAUUUGGUCCUGACUGAAUAAUGUAUCCCACCCCUUGACAGGUGCCAUUGUAACGAUACAGUCAAUGUUAUUCACCUUAACUGUCAGUGGUUUUAAUAUUGUGGCUGAUCAGUAUCAUUUCACAUUUUAAGAAGUGAACAUAGCAAUGUUAAAUAUUAGGAUGUAGUCUGUGUUUUGGUAUUUUAUAUUAACCCAAGUAGGAGUACAUGUUCCAAACCGUGCUAGGAAAUUAUUUUUAGCAUGAUAGGCAAUACUUUCCUAUGGUGUUGAAGUAGUGAAUGUAAAAAGCAUAAACAAGGUGGGACAAUCUAGUUAGAGAAGUUGAUUAGUUAGUAAAAAAAACCCUGAAAAUUAUAUUUGAGAAGUAAUUAAAAAGCAGGGUAUUUAUGGUAAGCAUGAGUAAUACUAGGACCUGUGACAGAAGGUUGUGUGUCUAAAGAAGGGCUUCUCAAACUCCAGCCCCCCAGAUGUUGCUGAACUACAACUCCCAUGAUUCUUUCAAUUACAUAGAUAGCCAGAGAAUCAUGGGAGUUGUAAUUCAGCAACAUCUGGGGGGCCAGAGUUUGUGGACCCCUAGUCUAAAGUUUGGAAGACUAAUAAUAAUAACAAAGUAUUUAACUAGGAAAGGCACAUUCAGAUUACUCUGGUUUUCAAGUACAUCCUGGAGAUGUUACCUUAGCCCAACAUCCAGGGGUUGUUACUAUUACCCAAUUUAAUGGUACUCAUUUCAUCUACCUCAGAAGGCCAUGGGUUGUUACUAUUACCCAAUGUAAUGGUACUCAUUUUAUCUACCUCAGAAGGCCAGGGGUUGUUACUAUUACCCAAUGUAAUGGUACUCAUUUUAUCUACCUCGGAAGGAUGAAGGGCUGAAUCAACCCUGCCAGGAUUGAACAGAUUCUAAUGUUGAUGCAUUAGCCCACUGAGCUAUCUCACUGGCAUGUAAUAGCUGACUUGUUGACUAUUGAACCAGAAAAUUGUAUUUGUAUUUGUAUUGUUCCUAAAUUGUAUUUUAUUGUAGAAUAUCAUACAUCUGUGCUGUAAGUUUCUUAGUACUAUGUAUUUACCAAAUUUUCAGUAGUAGGAAUCAGUAUUUGGUGUGGGGGAAGUUAGCCCUUCAAUAUUUGCAUAUGCUCAGGUGUGCUGCAGAACAGAUUAUGUGGAUGAGUUUCUGUUGAUUUUGCUUUGCAAGUUUCUUUUUCUUUCUUCUUUUUUUUUUAAUAACAUGAAAAUCUAUUUUUGCCACCCCUCAUCAUCUUAUACAGUGAGGUGACAGGACAUGUGAUAAAUACAACUCCGCCUCACUGGGUCUAAGUACAUUGGGAAAUAGUCUUGACUCCAUUUUGCUUGAUGUUGUUCUUGAUAUUGAAAAUUAAUUGAUACUCAGGGCUAUUCACUAAUGAGUGAAUUGCUUGGAACUUUACAAAUAAUAUUGAAAUUAGUGGCAAUUAAUGUGGUUGCUUGCCUAAACUCUGUUUGGAAUUUGUCUCAAUAAGUUUUUUGGUUUUUUUGGGGGGAGGGGAGAGAAUUGGAAAAAAAAUAUAUAGUUUUUCUGUGAAUAUAGUGUUUUUUUAUUAUUAUUCAAAGUUUAUUGAUAGAUAUGUUGUUUAUAUAUAUAUAUAUUUUUUUUUAAUGUGGUACUCUACCAUUUCAGGAGUCUUUCAGUGUGGGCCUUGUUCAGUAACAGCCAUAAAAAAUGGAGAUGUAUAUCUGCCAUAUGAUGCAAAGUUUAUUUUUGCUGAAGUCAAUGCUGACAGGGUGCACUGGAUGGUCAGAGAGAAAGAUGGACAAGAGGACAUCUCCCUAAUAAAGGAGGAAAAAAGCUGCAUUGGGAAGUGCAUCAGCACCAAAGCGCUCAAUAAGAACAUGAAACAGGAUAUUACAUCGCAAUAUAAGCACAAAGAGGGUAAGAAAAGUGAAUAUUUAUAUACCAUAGAAUGAUAAAUGUGUAAAACUGUGAUGACCAUUAAAAUAUGCCUUGGGCUACAUGAUCCAAACACCAACAAGGGGGUUACAUUUACUAAAAUAGGAAGAGAUGGCGAAUGAUCAUUUUCCUGGUCUUGCAUUCAAUCUGGUUAACGAGCUUUGACACAAGACAAACAGAGCUGGAUUAAGGUUUCUCAUGGCCCUAUGCAUGGUCUCAGAUUGAGCCCUCGGCUCUGUUUCUGUUAGAUUGAAAGUGUGUGUAGAGGCUGAGUGCUGUUUGUGUUGAGAAGGCUGAGAGCUGUGUGGGGGGACUGAGACGAGUAUCAAUGUAUCUAACAUUAUGUACCUGUGUAUCUGCUUGAGAGUAUGUGUGUGUGUGUGUCUAUUUCUGACUAAGUGUGUCUCCGGCAUUGUAUAUCUGUGUAUGUGCCUGAGCAUCUCUAUGUGUGAAUGUGUGUCUUUGAGUGUAUGUGUGCGGGGUAGUUGUUUGUAGUUGUGUGUGGUCUUUGUGUGUUGUGUUUAUGUUGAGGCUGUGUCAUGUGUGGGAGGUGACAGUGUAUGACUAUCUUGGAGACUGUGAAAGGGUGAAUGGGGGGGUUGACCGGUGCAUGUUGCAGGAUUAUUGUGGUGAGUGUGACAAGGCUUUGAGUGAGUGUGAUAGAGGUAGGGUAAUGACAGGGUGAGGGAUGGUGAGUGUGACAAGGUUGUGGCAGGGUAAGUUGUGGCAACGUAUAGGGUGCUGAGUGUGGGAAAGGAUAGUAUGUGUGUAGGCUGUGUUAACCACAGUCUCUCCACAUGCAUUUUAUUUCAUGUAUUUGUUUUAAUUUAUUUGGGGAGGUAAUCAGGUGGGGGUGGGGCAAUAAUGGUAAUAAUAAUAAUGGUAGUCAAGAGGUAUCCCUGGUGGAUUUCUUGGCUAGUGCAGUCGCAGGCCUUCCAGUACGAUGCUCUGGCGGAGGGGAAAGUCUAAGACUACGGGAAAGUCUAAUGAUGCGGGGAAUUGUGUUCCAAAGUUUAGUGCCACGUGAGAGAAGUCUGCAAUCUAGCAUGGGAAGUGGUAAUAAAAGAUCCAAGGAGCAAGCUAUGGUUAGAUCUUAAGGGGUGGGCUGGAGUAUAUUUGUUGAUCAGUGAGAACAGAUAGUGGUGCGCAGUUAUAAUAAGGACUUUGUAGGUCAAGAGGAUAAUUUUAAAUUUAAUUAAGCUGUGAAUAGGAAGCCAGUGUAGAGACUUAUGUAGAGGUGCAAUAGAUAUAAAACGACUAAGGUGAAUUAGCCUGGCCAAGGCAUUUGGGAAGGACUUGAGGGAAAAGAAACAGGAGAGAGGAAGGCCAGUUAAAAGGUUAUUGCCAUAGUCAAAUUGCUUAGUUGCUUAGUGCUGUCAGAGCUCAGAAACAGACAUAAUUUAGAGUUAUUGUGUAAGUGGUUGAAACAGGAUGAAGAAAGUGAUUUGAUGUGGGAGAUGAUGAACAAAUUUGAGUCAAGUGUAACUUUGAGGCAGUGGACUUAGGGUGAUGGGGAAAUAGUGAUGCUGUCAACAGUGAUAGAAAAGUUAGAAAUCUGAGUAGACAUGUAUGGGUGAAUUAGAAGAGCUCAGUCUUGGACAUAUUGAGCUUUAGGUGGUGAGAGACCAUUAAGGAAGAAAUGCCAGCUAAGAUGUUGCUGAAAUGAGAAAUAACCAUGACUGUAACCUUUAGAAGAAAGGUCAUUAGUAACCUUUUGUGAGGGGCAGUUUCAGUCAAGUAUUUGGGACAGAAGCCAAAUUGUAGAGGGUCAAGCAGGGAGUUGAAGGACAGGAAGUGGGUUAGGCAUACCUGAACUAGUUUUCCUGGAGUUUUGCCAUUAGAGGAAGCUGUGAUGUAGGGCAGGGCUUUGCAGGAGAAUUAGAGUCAAGGGUGGGCUCCUAUUGGAGGGAUCUUGUUUGAUAAAGGAUGGAAACACAGCAAUUGAAUGUAAUAGGUUGAAGAUGUGAGGGUGGAGAACAAAGAAGGUGUUAGAUGUGGGACAGGGAUAGGGUCAAGUGGGAAGGUAGUGAGGCGUGGAGAAGAUGGUAGAGAUCAAGCUUCAUUCUCAGGGACUACAGCGAAGAAGCAGAAGCUCACUGUGGGGGGUGACUGGAUGUAGAGGCAGAAUAUUGCAAGCAGCCUAAAAAUGUGGCAUUGCAAAUGUGACACUGCAGUUGCACAAGAGGAAAAAAAAACUGUAGGAUAUUUGCUAUAUGCCACACGUUCAUAACAGCUAUGGUAAGAAUGAAAAUGUCUGUCAUUAUAAUAAAUGGGUAGGAUUUAGUGUCCCCAGCUCUUACCUGUGGUGGACCUAUUGAGCCGCUCAAGCCACCAAUCAUGGAUGAUGGGUGGCGGCUCCAAUAUUAAUAAUAAUUGAGGGGGGGGACUAAUGUCUCCUCUGAAACCCCUCACCCAUGGGCGGUAAGUAGAGGCGCUAAUAUAAAUUUUCCCACACAAGUCUCGAAAGAAGCGUGACAUGCCUGUCAGUACACUCUGAUUAGUUGGCUUAUAUGUAUAAGUGGUAUUUGUAGUCAUAAACAACCAAUUGCUAUAAUGGUAUGGUUGCAUGCCAGCUUGGGUGGCUUGAACAUUUCCAAGAGUCACAAAGGACUUUGCAUGAGGAAGAUCCCCAUGACCCUUUAAGUACAGUAAAUCUGAGUAUUACAAUCAAAUUUACUCUAAUAUUUAAUAAAAUAAGAAUUCUCAUCAGUCUUAUCUAGAGCAGUGAAGGAAAAUCCGUUACAUAAUGCAUUCAGGCCCCAGGGUGAGUGCGCAGCUUAGCGGACAGAGGCACAUGUAUGAGUGUGGGAUGGAUGAUGCAUGAUUGGCUAUAUGCUACAUGUGGGAGUCUGAGAUGUGAGGAAGUGGGUGGUGACAGAUCAGACUGACCUCAGUGCCACUUAGGAGCCGGGCCAGCAACAAGUUUCCCACCCACCCUCCCUUUGCUGCUUUGGGCCCGGGGGGUUGUCACAGCGAGGCGGGGGUGUGUCCUUGCCAAAUAAGGGAUGGUUUGGUAGAUUAGAUGAAAAAGGGGGAUAAUGGCCGGGUCUCAUCCUCCCCCUGUCUCUUGAACCUGGAGGAGGUACCAGGUUGGACGUGUCCCCACUGGGUUGUAAGUCGACCAGUGGGGAGCAUUAUGGUUGGGCCCCACCGAGUUGGUGGGGAGCCCUGAAAAGGAAGAUGUUUUUAUUAUGCCGAGGGGGGGAGGUGAGAGCCUUGCGGAAGUUAGAUUGGCAAGGACGGUUUCUUUGGUUACUGUAUGACUAUAUGCAAAUUGUUUAUGUUAACUUAUGAUAUUUAUUAUUUCAUUAUAUGUUAAAGGAGUCAUACAGUAUUUGGUUGUGUUAAUAAAUGCUGUGGCCUGUUUUCUCCAAGAAGUUGUCUGUCGUUAUUUGAAGGGGUAAGUUAUGGUUUUAUGGGGGAUGAAGGGAAUGCUAUCCAAUGCCCACUACGUACAUACAUGAAUUCUACAGGAAACAAGUACAGUUUUGGGGUGUGUGAGAAAAUAGUGUUAUUAGAAUAAAAAAGACUGCUUUAAAUAGAAAGGUUUGUCAUGUGUAAUAAUGUGGGAUUAGCAAAUAGUUCUUAUAUGAAAGCCGAAUCUUUCUGCCUGGCAGAUCCUUACUGCAUUUUGCUGACAAAACCAUUUACAACAAUACAUUGAAUAAAAUCCACUGCUAGUCUUUCUAUGCUAGUUAAAAUAUCCCUCAUGUUGUGUUAUAUGCUGCUUGCUGUAACUCUUUCACUGCCAAAGCAAUCAUAGGGUAAGAGCAGACUCAGAAGACACAUUACUGAAAUACACCGCUAUUGUGUGUAGGGUUUACAGAAUAUGUUUGGCACUGCAGUGGGAAUAAUAUUGGCUUUCACCUACCUUUUCUGAGCAGAGCUUACUUUAGAAAACUGCACAUAUUGAUGAUUAUGCAGUAACUUCAAAGAAAACCCUUUUUUAUAUUUUAUUUUUAAUAGUACCUUAAAAAGUAAUAAUUGAGUGGAGUGAUAGGUUAUGGUGGGUACAAUUUCAGGCUUACAAACCAUCUGAAUUUUGUUGGGACAGUCCCGAUUUUAGAGCUCUGUUGUCCAGACUUUGUUCUCUGUUGUCCUGCUUUUGGGAAUACCAUAGGACUGUCUCUGGAAAGCAUAGUGCAAGCACAUACUUAAAUGUAUAAAACAACAGGAUUUCUGGCGCUUGUCUGAUAUAUGUGUGGCAGCUUAUAAUUCUCAAACCUGAGUCUCUUCUUCUGGCCUUAAAAAGAUACUGUAUGCAAUGAGAUGUAGGGAAGCAGUGCCUUCAGAGUGUCCUCAAAUCCCUGUAGUGUUGAGCAGGUAUAAAAGAAAAGAAGAUACAAUUGGAAUAUAGUGUAGUAUUUCUUUGGAGACUAAUGAAUUAAAUAAAUGGAUAAAACUUACAAUUUACUUAUGAUCAGUUCUAGUUGUAUGCGCUUGGGGGUAUUAUCCCAGCCUGUGGAUACGUUGAUGGUCCCUGUCCUUUACAGGGUGGUGCUCCAGGCUUAUUAGUCACUUUUGAUGCCAAGUGUUCAGGAGUCUUCUUCUUCAAUGUGAAGCAUUAUGGCAAUAGGAAUUCACCGGUAUAUAGGAUGAAAAUUAAACAUAGUAUAGUGGUCUCUGUAUAGCUGAGAUAAAAGUAAUUAAAGGAGGUAUACUCACAUAAGGAGAGCAAAAAUAGGUUUUGCUCAAUUAUACACAGUGUAGGUAGUAUCUUCCCCACCAAGGAAAUAAAAGUGUGAAUCCUAUGGAUAAAAUCUUCAAGGAUAAAAUCAGGAAGAUCCAGGUGUAGUUAAAAAAAAAAUUUGUUUUAUUUAAGACAAAAAUAAUAGAACCUUUUAUACAGCAUGAAAACACUUUUUCAAAGUGUUACAGCUUAAUGGUCCUGUUUAAAUAGCAGCAAAAUUUUAAAAAAAUGGUUUAGAUGAUGUUACAGAUCAUGUGAUUAACUCAAAACUUGAAUAUAAUACAAUAUUAAAUAAGAGACUAGAAAGAGGUCAAAUAGUAUAAUAAUAGUAUUGUAAAAUAAGACAAAACUAAAUUAUAAGACUUAAAUAAGAUUUUUAAAUCAGGGGCUGGAUAGAUUUAAAUUGAGUGUCAAGGUGGCCACCGCGUCAUUAAAGGGGUACUAAUAUGGCCGCCGCCAGCUAAAAAGACAUGGCAGGCACAACUGAAAUUACCGGAACAAGAGAUUUCACCAGGGGAAGAUGCAAAGGAGGGAAGCGAGGUAAGUACUUACAUGUGCUAGCGCUAUGCUAUAAAAGUGUCUCUUUGCCCUCUGCUAGAUCAUCACCUACCUGAAAAAAAGACAAAAAAGUCACAAUACCAAAUGUGCAUGAAAAAAGAACUACCUAGUGGACCUACCUGAAAUAAAGCAUAUCAUGGAUACAGUCCAUGACCCACUCUUUAAAAAAAAAAAAUAGGCUGCAUAAUAAUUUAACGUGUCUUUGGGCAACCUAGUAAUCUUUAUAAAAGGAAGUUAUUAUCCACGCAACUUGUGAAUAAUUUUUUAUGUUUUAUUACAGUUAGGUUUACUGUACACACAGAACUGAAUAUCAGUUAAAGCACAUUCAGCUGUGGAUAAAAAGAAAAACAAUACACUGCAAUCAUCAUAGCCACUACCGCCCACUGUAGUACCGGGGUCCCGGCUGGGUUAUGAGGCUCCCUUCUGGUCUAGUGACACACUUCUGGCUUCUGUAGAGCUGCAGAAACUGGAAGCCCCAGCUGUCUCUAUUUUUUGGCUGAGAGUAUCAGCUGACCACUCUAAGCCAAUGACUGACAUUUUGUGCAAUGAAAGCUGCACAGAAUUGACAUUGGCCAGUCCGUACUCUAGCGUCAAGUUGGCUGAUAAAACCACAAUGACUUUCCUAGAGAUGAUGUUACACCUUCAGAAGAAGAGAGGUUAAACUCCAUAGGUGCAGCAUCUCAUAGCGAAAGCCUGCACAUACAGACUCCAGGCACUAUGAUCACUUUAAAUAAUUGAAGUGGCCAAGGUUCUUGGAGUGACCUUUUAAGGAGUGAGAGUAUUAGAUGUUACAGCCCAUGGUUGCACAUUUUCUAGUAGUGAUUGACUACACUCUCAUCAAUGUCUGGCUGGUGUAUGGUACUGGGUGCUGCUGCCAUUUUUAGUUAGAUUACAUUGCAUGGCUUUGUUCAGUUUUCCUUUCCUGAUGCCCCUUGUAUCUUAAAGUAAAACUAUAGUGCUAAGGAAAACAAAGUUGUUUUCCUGGCACUAUAGCUCCUUAUAGUGCCCCCACCAAUGGUGCAGAAGGAAAGAUUUAAAAACCCCUUCCAUCACUUACCUGAUUCCAGCAUUGAUGUCCAUCGGGUCUGGUUCAGACUCUGCCUCCACUCCUUUACCGCUGACAUAAGCCAGCGGGGGAUACCUAAUGCGCAUGAACAGUGAUCAGUGUUCGCAUUAGUACUUCCCUCAUUUGAUGUGCAUAAAAUGAGGAUGCCCAGCAUCAGUUAGGUGACCAAAAGUCGCCUAUUGACCCAGGAGUCACUCUAGUGUCUAGUGGCCGUCUGGUAGUCAAUAGAGGUGUAGUUAACCCUCAAAGGUAAUUAUUGCAGUUUACUAAAGUUAAGGGACCUGUGAGGGUUAAGGGACCUGUGACACUGCACCCAGACCACUUCAAUUAGCAGAUGUGGUCUGGGUACCUAUAGUGUUCUAUUAAUUCUCCCAUAUUUAUAAUAAAAUUGAGAGGAUACGGAGGGACAAACAAUUAUCAAACUUCCCCACAAAACUGAAAAGUGACUGUUCCACUUUAAAGACAGGGGUUGGCUCGGUUUUGUUACACUCAUAUUUUGCAUUUAUACCUUGUACAGUGCUGUAGAUUAUAUUGUUUUUUUCACAAACAAAAAUAUUACUAAUCUCAUUCAGGCUGUUUCAUGAUUAACUGCAUUAAGAAACCAAUUACAUGUUGCUAUUGGUUCCUCCAAAUUUUACGCUAGGCAAAAGAAGUGAUAAAUGUGCCCAAAAUACAUUUAAAAAAAAAUAAAAAAAAUUCUCCUUGGGUAUCCUCUAUUUAUUGAUAUAUGUUCUGUUUGUUACUCAGGAUCUCCAGAAGAAAGGAAAGCCGUUCAAACAGCCUGCUCUUAUUUGAAGUCAGAUGCUUGCUUAGUCUUUGCAGCUCCUCCAACCGCCCCACCUGCAGGGAUUAAGUUACAGAUCACAGGCAACAAGGAGUUGCUGCCAGGGAAUCCUAUGUCUCUGAACAUCUUAAUUGAAAAUGAAUCCGAUGAUGCCAAGACUGUGAAUGUUAUAGUUGGCUGUCAGCUACAGACCUACACUGGCAAAGUCAUUGCCAAACUGGCAUCCAUCACUCAGAUAGUUGAAGUUGCAGGGAAACAAGGUACUAAUGAAAAACAUUGAUAAUGACAAAUCUAUGAGAUGCACAUGGAUGUAUAGCAUAAUAUUGAGACCAGUGACAACAAUAUUUGGUGUAUUACGGAAUGUUUUAGGAUUAUCAGCUGUCAUAGUUUCGCUCAAAUGACUAUUUAUUCUAAACUGCCAGUGUUUUGUGCUUAGUCAUAUGGAACACAUAAUGAAGCCAAAAAUUUCAGAGGGCAUUAUUGGCUGCCACCUGUUCGUUCUUAACAUUUCUAAUAGUAUUUUGUGUUUUUGUAUUGACCUAGCAAUACAAUUCUAUGUGAUUAGCACAAAUUUUAAUGUCUAAUUCAGGUGAACCAGAUCAGUGGGUUCAGGACAAUAUUUGUUUAGGACAAGUUAUGAAGGAAGAAAGUUUAACACAUUUUCUCUCAUUUCUGCUGCCUUGUGACAUUCAGCAUGAGAGAAAAUAUAGAUGGCACUUAACUAGUUGCACCCCUCCCCAUUCCAAAGCCAAUUAUAUGCAGAUAUAAAUAUCUCACCCUACAGCUCAUGGGAUGGAGGAAGAAGUGAGAAGGCUUCUCCAGUGCCAUUCCUCUAAUUGUAUUUAAUCACUCAGCCACUUAAUGGAAAAGAGUCAUAGUGGGAACCGUGCCAUAGUGGCUACAAAGGCACCAGAACACCACAGGUUUUUCUCAGCCAUAGUUCAGCUCCCAGGUAUACACUGUAGAUCAGGACUGUCCAACCUGCGGCCCCCCCAGAUGUUGCUGAACUACAACUCUCAUGAUUCCCUGGCUCUCUGUUUAAUUGAAAGAAUCAUGGGAGUUGUAGUUCAGCAACAUCUGGUGGGCCGCAGGUUGGACAGGCCUGCUGUAGAUCCUUGAUAGAUGAAUUAGAACUCAAACACAUGACAUCAUGUACAGCGGUAUUUAUGGGAUAACAAAAAUCAAAUUGUGUGUAACAGGAAUUGUUAUGCCCCAAAACCAGUGCGGUAAAAAACAAAAGGGGAUUAUUAACACAAACCCACCCAUAUAGACUAACUGUAACAUAAUCUACAUGUUGCAGAUAUGGGUGCCUAGAGUACCUUUUUAAUCCCUGUUGAGUGUGACAAAGAUGAGUGUUAAACUCAAGAAUAUAAGACUGCACAAACAGUCAUUAACAGGCUGUGUCCAAACUCCACUCCCUACAAUCCGGCAUUAUUUGGGGGAAGUACCACUUUCCCAUUCAAUGGUCAAUAUACUUUAACAAAUAUUAAAAGAAUGGCAAAUGAUGCAUUCAUUUGUUUUACUGCUGCUAUGGCCAUGGUAGCUGUUUGUGCAUUUGAUUGCUUUGAAUCAUGAUAACAUGUUUGUUUUCCUGUUUUUCUUUGUUUGAAUUAAGCUGCCACCAUCCCCCUGAAUGUGGCUGCAGACUUGUACAUGAAGUCUGUUAUUUUGGUGGAUGACGAGCUCAUUAUAAUGGUCAAUGUUAUAAGUGAAACCAUGGAGACAAAUGAAAAAAACAGCGAGAGCAUGGUUAUAUCAUUCACAUAUCCUGCCAUCACGGUGGAGGUAAAUCUUUUUGCAUAUCUUCAGGUUGUUGACCUUAACUGUAGAAAAAAAAAACCACUGUUCAGAAAUUGCUGCUACAGUAUAUAAUAAGACAAUCGGUGUCACACAGACCAAAUAAAGUCUUAGAUGGGCCAUGGAGCAACCCACCUAAAAUGGACAGAAUUAAAGAACAAUAUACAGAAGAAAUUAGAAAAAUACAGCGCAUAAGCCAGUUUUCCCUGUAACUGCAAAUUAAUAAUUAAGUAAAAAAUACCAGAAGACAAUAUCAAAAAUUAAAUAUAUUUUAUCCUUUACAAUUUUAUUUCUAAAAUUUACAUAUUUUUCCUACAGUGUCAAUGUUUAGCUUGAAAUUUUUCCUUGCAUUAUUUAUAAAGGGAAAAUAUUGUGGUUUUUAUCAACUAUUUUUUUAUUUCUAAUUACACAGAGGUGUUCAUAUAUUUUUUCACAGAAACAUUUUUAUCUGAUAUGUACUUCCCUUCAUUGUCAGAUGAAAUAGUUCUAGUAUAUAGAGCAAAAGCCUGUGAUUUUGUCAGACAGAACUCUGCAAUGUCCUUCCUUUUGCCCUUACAUUGAUGUCUUAUCUCAAUACACGUUUUCAUUACAUACUGACAUUCCCAGUAUACAAAAUGUAAAUAUAGUUGAAAAGUGUGAAAAAACGGUACAUUACAUUUUUCUUCUGCUAAAUUCCUUGCGAUUUAAAAGUGAAACCACUCUCCAUGGGAAUUUUUAUUUUUUAUUUUACAGCACAGUGUGUUUACUUUAGAAGUCCUGCUCUGUUAAUUGAACUUUAAUAACACAGGAGGCAAUGUAGGUUCUAACAGUAUAUCUAACAAAUACUAGAUUAAACACACUGUGCAAUAAGGGAAAUUAAAAAAACUUUUUUUUUUAAAGAAAGUGUGAAGGCAAUCUACAUGAGUCAGUGCUUGGGGAGGUCUUGUUAAGGCUACAUUAGCAAAGUGAUUUAAAUCUUAAAUGCCAGAUUUCCUACUUUAUUCGGCUAAAUUUGUUUGUUUGCAUGUACCUUUCAAUGAUUUACAAUUUCAGGAAAUAUCACCAGUGGCCCAAUAUUGCAACUGAAAUCUCCUGUACUGCAUUUUAUGGUUAUUUAUGCAAUAAAUAUUUUUAUGAAUCUCUCAUUUAGUAAAAUCAGUAUAACAACAAUUGCACUGUUCAGUCUGUUAAUUCCCUUCAGAUGCGGUUAGUUCUCAAAAUAAUAUCCGUAAUUUAUUUUUUAUUUCCCUUUAGAUGCCAGAAACUGGAAAAAUUAAUGAAGAUUUCACUUGUACUUUUACUUUUAAGAAUACACUUCAUAUUCCUCUAGAAAAAUGUGAGCUUCAUGUGGAAGGACUUGGCAUAUUCAAAUUGGAGAAGUUCGAUCAAGGGUGAGCACAAUUUAAAACAUCUAACUGGAUAAUGCACAGAGAGGCUACAUCCUAAAGCUACUGUUGCAUGAAUCUCAAGUAAUGGAUGGAUUUUGUCCUGUCAGUCUAUAGGAGGUGGGGUAAAAGUCAAAUAUCAGUCAAAUAGGGUGGGAGUAAAGCACUGCCCUAUUGGAGAGAGCAAGAGACAGGUAUGUAAGGUAGAGGCUACUUUUGGGGGGCCACAAGCUUUCCUGAAUAGAUGGGUUUUAAGGCCCUUCUUAAAUGAUUGGAGACUAGGGGAGAGUCUGAUGGCUAGAGGUCCUGCAAGCGCGAGUUGGCAGUACGGGUGCGAGCAGCGGUCAGGAGGCGGUCACAGGAAGAGCAGAGGGAACGAGGAGGGGCAUACCUAUGGAUCAGUGAAGAGAUAUAAGAGGGGUUAGAAUUGUUCAGUGCUUUAAAUGUAUGGGUUAGCACUUUGAAUUGACUCCUAUAGGAUACAUGGAGCCAAUGUAAGGACUGACAGAGGGGUGAGGUGGGAGAGGACCGACUAGAGAGGAAGAUCAGUCCAGCUGCAGCAUUCAUUACAGACUGUAGCGGGGCAAUACGGCUUUUUGGGAGACCAAUCAGGAGAGGGUUACAGUAAUCCAUGCGGGAAAUUACUAGAGCAUGGACAAGCUCCUUGGUAGCAUCUUGCGUAAGAAAGGGGUGGAUGCGGGCUAUGUUUUUAAGUUGGACCCUACAGGAUUUGGAAACAAACUGGAUGUGAGGCUCAAAGGUGAGGCCAGAGUCAAGUAUGACGCCAAGACAGCGCGCUUGCAAGGAUGGACUUAUGUGGGUAUCACUGACUUGAAGAGAGAGCGAGAGAGGAGGAUCAGUAUAAGGAGGAGGAAAGACAAGGAGUUCAGUUUUAGUGAGAUUGAGUUUCAGAAAGCGUGAGGACAUCCAGUCAGAGAUGGAAGAAAGGCAAGCAGUAACACGUUGCAGGAGGGAAGGGGAGAGGUCCGGGGUGGAGAGGUAUAUCUGAGUGUCAUCAGCAUACAGGUGGUAGUGGAAUCCAAAAGAGGCAAUAAGUUUGCCAAGAGAAGCAGUAUAAAGAGAAAAUAGAAGGGGACCCGGGACAGAGCCUUGGGGAACUCCAACCGAGACACUAUGAGGGGAGGAGGUAUUCUUGGAAAAAGACACUGAAUGAGCAUUGGGAGAGAUAGGAGGAAAACCAAGAGAGGACAGAGUCACAGAGACCGAGUGAUUGAAGAGUUUGAAAGAGGAGAGCAUGAUCAACGGUGUCAAAGGCAGCAGAGAGGUCAAGGAGAAUUAAUAUGGUGUAGUGACCUUUUGGAUUUAGCUGUGAUUAGGUCAUUAGUAACUUUGAUAAGAGCAGUCUCAGUAGAGUUGAGAGGGUGGAAGCCAGACUGAAGAGGGUCAAGGAGAGCGUUGGAAUUGAGGAAGCAAGACACAUGGAUAAAGGCAAGUCUUUCCAAAAGCUUUGAUGAGAAAGGGAGCAGGGUUGUGGGACGAUAGUUAGAGGGGGAGGAUGAUUUAAGAGAUGUUUUUUUCAGGAUAGGUACUACAGUGGCAUGUUUAAGGUCAGCAGGAACAGUGCCAGAAGAGAGAGAGCAGUUAAAGAUGUGUGUUAGGGUAGGCACAAGACAAGGGUAGAGAGAUCUGAUGAGGUGAGUUGGGACAGGAUCGAGUGGACAAAACAAAACACAGUAAAAUAAUUUGGGGGGCCCCAAAUAUUACCAAAGGAAACUUGUGAUUGCUCUCCUGAAACAAAAAUAUACGCCUGCCUUGAUAACCAAGAAGACACAGUGGUCCUCAGAACUAAAUUAAUUAAUACAGGUCAACUAUAUCCUAAUUAAACUGUGGACUUGGGAAAUAGUACACACUACCUUCACAUCAUGGUGAUGAUGGGUGGUUGAUGAUGGUUGGCUCUAUAUAUUACCUAUAUACUAAAAGUAAGAAAACAUAUGUAGAAUUAUUAAUUUAUUUAUUUUCACUGAAAAAAAUUAAACGCUUUAUAUAUUAUUUAAGAAAGAUAACAUUUACUACUUGCCAAUGCCAAGUUUCGUAUUAUCAGCUUCUGGCAGACCAUGUUACUCAUGUAAAUAAUCUCAGUCCUGUCUUUUUGCUUGCAUGUCAGCUUAUUCCAAUGUAGUAACAGUUUUUUGGCCAAAGGCAUUAUUGAGGUUUUAAACAAAAUAAGUAAAAAAAAAAAAAAAAUUUUAUAUGGUCUAUAUUAAAGAUCAUUGACAUCAUUGGACGUUUUCAUUAUUGGUUCCCUUUAAAAACUGUAAUCCAAUUUAUUUUGUUAAAUUCCUAUAAAUUGAUGAAAAUCUAAUUCGCAGGGAUAUACGACCCGGAGGAAUAUUCCGCUCCAAAAUUAUAUGUGCGCCAAAGAAAACCGGAGAGAAGAAGAUCGUAGCUGAACUAAUUUCCAAACAAAUCAAAGGAAUUUCAGCCGAAAAGAUGAUUACAAUUACUAACUAG